AUGGAUGACAUAUUCCAGGAGUGAGGACCUGAGGGCUGCAUUCAAAUCUGGGCAAAUGUCUGGGGGGCCACAUGACAGUGGUGGGCAGGGCCAGAUGCAGAAAUGGGUGGACCAAUGUACAGCAUUUUCCCGUGUAUAAGACUAGGAUUUUCCCCUAAAAGAUAAUGUCAAAAAUUAAGGGGUGUCUUAUACACAGAUACAUCUCCCCCCAUUUUCUUAAAUCUAAGACCCCAAAAUAGGGGGCAUCUUAUACAUGGGGCAUCUUAUAGAUGGAAAAAUAUGGUAACUUUGUUCAGUAGGCUAGUUUCCACACAUGCUCAUCCUGCUCCCUGUCUGCCCUCCAUACAGACAAGCAAGGCAUGUUCAAAGUUCAUGGACACAUUCCAGCCAGGCAAAAGCACUCAAGGAGGGUGCAAAAUUGUUGAGUCUUCAGGACCAGAGAGACUCCUAGCUAGCACAUUUGCAAAGAUAAGCAGGGUCUGGUAUGGUUUCAAAUUGGAUAGAGGAUUGUUGAGAUUCCUGCAUUGCAGGGGGUUGGAUCAGAUAAGCCUUGGGAUCCCCUCCAACUCUACGAUUCUAUGACUCCUGGAGGGCUGCAUUCAGUUCCUGUGCCUGAGGUUCCCCUACCGCAGGCAUAUUUGGAAAACUCCCUGCUCCAUGAGACAUCACAGAAGUGAGCAACAGGAAUUCCUUGGCAGGGCCUCACUAUCGCUACCUGCACCCCAUCCACUGUAUUAACUGAUGUCUAAUGAUAAGAUUUUCUUUAUAGAGCAGGAUGCUUUAUAAAUGGCUUUCUAGCACCAGCUAGUGGCAACAUUAAGUGAAGACCAGUAAAAUAAUGAUAAUAUUAAUGAAGCAGCAGCAGCAGCAUCCUGGCUCCCACUCAACGAAGAACUCAAACUCAGGUUGCAGCUUCUACCCAACAAAAGCAAAACAGAGGAACCAAAAUUAGAACCAUUUAAAACAUUUUAGCCAGUUGCCCCAACCCAAGAGUGCAUGCAUGAGAAAGUAAUGUGGGGGAUUUCUAGAUCUGAAUAACGAAUGACCUGAAGAAUGACUUUCCUGCUUGGCAGGGGGUUGGACUCGAUGGCCCUUGUGGUCUCUUCCAACUCUAUGAUUCUAUGACUUCUUCCUAAGGUUUAGUUGUUAUCUCCUUUCCUAGUUUGAACCCACUGGUUUGGGUCCUACCCUCUAGAGCAGCAGAAAACAAGUUUGUUCCGUCUUCCAUGUGGCAGCCCUUUGGAAACUUGAUUUUGGCUCUCAUAUCACCUUCUCAGUCUUCUCUUCUCCCUGUGAUGUGAUCCACACUGCAAAGCCCUUGGGUGCAGGGUCAGUUUGGUGCCACUGCCAAUGGAGGAAUGGCUGCAGCUUAGGGUGCAUUGCCUAGGGCAGGAGCAGUCAACCAGUGGCUCUGCAUAUGUUCCUGGACGCCAGAUCCCAUCAUCCCUGAUGAUUGGCCACACCGGCUGGCACUAACAGGAGCGUUUCCUUUUUCAAAGUUACAUUGCUAUCUUGCCUUUCUUCUGAAGAGCUUAAAGUGCUGUCCAUGGUUCUUUCCCCAUCCCAUUUAGCCUCACAACAACCCUGUGAGGUAGGUUAGGUUGAGAGGCAGUGGCUGGCCAAAGGUCACCCAGCAAGCUUCAUGGAUGAGUGGAGGAUUUGAACCCUGGCCUCCCAGUGUAACCAGUAUUGUAAGCACCACAGCAACAACCUGAGGACUUCACUCAUCCUCAGUGAGGGUGAGCUUCUUCCGCAGUCACCAGAACCCCACGUAGCCUCUAGUCUUCAUUGAGGACUGGCUGCUUGCUCCCCACAUCCCUGGAAGUCGCAUAGUGGGUGCUGUGCUCCACAUAGUCUCUAGUCCUCAUUGAGAACGGGCUGCUUGCUCCCCACAUCCCCGCCAAGUUGUCAAUAAGGGGGAGAUGCCUAUCCACUCACUGAAGACCACAAGCCCCACAUAGCGAGUGCUGUGCUUUGUCCCUAUAACCCCACAGCCCCCUAGUUCUCAAUGACGACAAACUGCCUGUCUCCCACAUGCCUCUAAUCCUCAGUGAGGGCAAGCUUCAGGUCCGCUCACUGAGGACUGCAAGUCGCAUAGCGGGUGCUCUACGUUGCCUCUAGUCCUCAUUGAGGACGGGCUGCUUGAUCCCCACAUCCCCACCAAGUUGUCAAUAAGGGGGAGAUCUGCCUACCCACUCACUUAGGGCCGGAUUUAGGUUUGAUGAGCCCUAAGCUACUGAAGGUAAUGGGGCCCCUUUAUAGGUCCAGCUGUCCUUUGUCAACCACAAAUUGUCACUGUUUUUUGUGUUGAAUAUAUGCUAUUUGGUAAUUUAUGGACCUAACAGGUAUCUAAAGCCAUUUGCACAUAACGAAAUAUGUAUUUUAUCAAAAUAAUUGUUGAACUGAAAUACAAUUAAGAAGUAUAUUACUAGUGAAAUUUUGGAGGGGGUCCCAAGAGAGCUAUAGCUUGUUUAGCUUAUACGUAAAUCCGCCACUGCGUGACUCACUGAAGACUAAGCGCCCCGCAUAGAGCGGAUUCUGCUGUGUUUGGUCCCUAUAGCCCCACAGGACCCGUAGUCCUCCAUGACGGCAACCUUCUUGCCUCCCACACACCCCUCUAGUCCUCAGCGAGGGCAGCCUUCUUGCCUGUUCAGCAUGCGCUACAACCCCACGGGGCCGCUAGUCCUCAGUGAGGACGGGCUGCUUGCCGGAGCCCCCUCGGAGCGAGAGCGCCUGAGCCCCACACAUCGCUCUAGCCGCCGGGCUGCCUGCUGCGCUCCCACCCUAGAAGCCACCCCCCUCCAAUCACCAUCCCUCUAGACCUCAGUGAGGACGAGCUUCUCACCCGAGAGCCAAGAAGGCCGUUCCCCGCGCGAGCUCUUAUUCCCUCGGGCGCCGCCGGCCGUUGAGUGGUCGCCUCGCGCGCCCUCCUCCCUCCCUCCCUCCCUCCCUCGCACGAGGCCCCCUCCCCUCCCCUCCCCUCCCUCUCCCCCUCCCCUCCCGGCCUCUCCGCCGCCGCCGUCACUUCCGAGGCCGGAGACAAAAUGGCGUCCGGAGGGGGCCGAGGGGCCCUGUGGGGCCUUUCGGGCUGAGCCGGGGGUCGGCUCUCGAGGAAGGAGGAGGAGGAGGAGGCCGCGGCCACGGCGGCGGGCAGCGCAGGUAAGGGCCGGCUCGGGGCGAGGGCAGGGUGAAGGCGGCAGCCACUUGCCCGCCGCUUCUUCCCUUCUCAGCGAAGGGGGCUCGGCGGGGUGGGGAAGGGGAUUUCGCCCCAAGGGUUGUUGGUCUUUUUUUUGGGGGGGGGGGACAACACAUACACACCCUCCACUUCUCGCCAGCCGCACCCUCUUCCCCCAAAGGAAGCGGAGUAGACAUAGGAUGGGGAUGGGAUGCGGUGUAGGGGUGAGAGGUGUGAAUUGGGGUGAGGUUAUCCUAAUUGGGGGAGGCACCCCCGCGCAUGACCCAGAGUGGACUGGGGGGAGGGAGACGUGGAUUGGGGGGGGCUGGAGGUGAGGCGUGUAUUGGUGGGGAGGGGUGUGGUGGAGUGGGGGUGGGGAGUCUCGUUGCAGGGGUUGCCCCAUUGGGAGUAAAAGUGGGAGGGGGCCACACAAACACACCGCUUCCGGGAAACCUCCCACCCCCACCCUGCUUUAGCAAAAGUGGAGGGGUGCAAGGGAUUUGGGGUGGGAGUAGAGUAAGGAUGAGGUGCUGAUUCAGGGGCGUUGUUUUUUCAUAUUGCAGGGUUUUUGUGGGGGGACUCCCCCCCCAAGCCCCCAAAGGGAUGGGGCUUUUUCUUGAAUAGUGUUAGGCGUGCUUUGAUGGGUUGGUGAAAUAGGGCUAAAGUGUUUGUGUGUGUGUGUGUUGUAUUUUAUCUCAGUUGAGGAAGUAGGUCUGUAUGGGGGACCCCAGACCCCACCCCACACGUGUUGUAGUGUAUAAGUAGAGUUCCAUGUUUAUGUGCAUGUGUUGUGUUGUGUUUCACAUAGGAGAUAGGCGUGGGCCUGGAAAGGGGUCUUCUCCCUCCCUGCCUCCAUGUCCGAAUCGUGGUGGAAUGAUGGGAUACGUACAUGAAUGAGUGUGUUGGUGAAUAUUUUUCUCCUAGUUAGAGGAUAGGUGGGAGGACACCUCCGUAAAGGAUUCCUGCCCCCUGCUAAAAGUGGAGGUGCAAAAAUGGAUAGUAAAGUUCUAAUGGGAAGGAGCAGGGUUCUGGAAGUGGGACUCUGUCCCAUGCUCACAACUAAGUUUGAAGUAUGGAGUUGAGUGGUUCUGAAAAGGACCCCCCAACACACACACCCAAAGCUUGGUUGUAGGAGGUUGCAUAAAAGUGUGUGCGUCUAAUUGCCCCUUAGACAGGAGUUUGACUGAAGGAGGGAUCCCCCGUCCUCACAGAAGUUAGGUUCUGGAUUGGGGGUGAGACUUUAGCAUGAAUGGGAGUUGUGCUGAAAGCUAGGAUGAAAAGAUGUAUCAAUCCUUCCCAUUGCAUCCCAAAGUCAGAGUGAGUGCCUGGAAAUAAAGCCACAAGGAAUCUAGAGGUCCUGCUGUUGUACUCUGAAUUUUGAGUCACUUGUAUAGUGUCCGUAGAAGGAGAAGAGCCAGGAGAUGUAAUUGUAACAGUAAUGAAGAAAAGCAUACAAUGAAAAAGGAUGAAAAUGAAUAUCUUUGAGGCAUAUGUUUGCCUUCAGGCAGAGUUUCCUCAUUCUUCCUUAACUCCACCCUGCUUCCACCCCCAAAGCUGGCUGCUCCCGCUCACACAACAUGCUACCCCCAUAGAUCUAAAGGGAAAUGUGUAUGAAUGCUGUUGGCUUCCGAAAUUUGAAGCCAAUGCCCCUUAAUUGGAACUAAGGGAAAGGACUAACUGGGGAAGUUGUUGUGGUUUUAUGUUAGAAGAGGAGGGUCUGUGGUGAGUGAUGGGGUAGCUGGAGUAUAGGGCAUGUUUAGCCAUAAUAUUUGCAUUUUUUUACACAUGAUGCUGAUGGUGCUUGUAAAGUGCUCUUUCACUUAAUUUUAGUGCAUCAGUGAAUCAAAUGUGCAUUUUAGCCAAUGAGAGCAUUGAAACUGAUACAUUAUUUUCCCCCCUUUCAAAUGAGAUUUGCAAAUACACUAAACAAAGCAACAGACUAAAAUAGAUAGUAAAAACAGUCAUAAAGGCAAGGAGAAUAAAAAUACAAGAUAAAAAAGCUUAAAAAAAAUGAAUAGCAGUGCCUGAUAACACAACUCCACUGGCUGAACACACGAGAAGUUCAUUCAGGGAUAUGUGUGUGUAAUAGCCUUUUCAUUUCAGCGCUCCUAUCCUCUGAAACAAAGCAGAAGUUGGUCUGCUGUUAUCACCUUAUCUGCUUUGUGUACACACCCAAAGUUAGCUAAUGUGAGAUAGUCCUUUCAACCACUCUCUGGUAUCCAGAAUCAAGAUGCAUAAAAAUUCAUCCAACCUGUUUGGUGCAUCUCUGAUACUCCUUGAGUUUGUGAAGUGGGGUGGUAAUUAUUACUUAACACAGGGGUGGUAAUUAUUACUUAACACAGAAUAUAGGAGUAAGAUCUUGUUUUAUUGUAUUGUAUACUGCAAAUGCUAGGCCAUACUAUGCACUAGCCUCCUGUGGGGCAUUAGUCUCUUGUGGGGAAACCACCUCCCUUCAAUAGCACAUUGCAGUACUGGACAACCAUAGUGGUUGAUGGGAAAGAAUGUGGCAUUCUUGAGAUGUCACCCCUAAAGAUGGUACCUGCAGAUAAAGGACUAAACAUGCAGAAGACAGAAUCAGGAUUCAGUGUAGCGUUAUCAGAUUUGAUAACUGGGUCAAAACUAAUAAAAUGAAUUUCAGUAGGGACAAAUGUCAGGUUUUGCACUUAGACAGGAAGAACCAGAUGCACAGCUAUAAGAUGGAGUACACUUCCAUUGCCAGUAGUACAUAUGAAAAGGAACAUGGGGUCUUAGUAGACAACAAGCUUAACAUGAGUCAACAGUGUAAUGCUGCAGUGGUUGGGGAAAAGCCAUUGCUAUUCUAGGCUGCAUCAGCAGAACUAUAGUAUCCAGGUCAAGGGAAGUCAUAGUCCCGCUCUAUUCUGCCUAGGUCAGACCACACCCUUAGUACUGUGUCUAGUUCUGGGCACCACAAUUUAAGAAGGAUAUUGACAAGCUGGAACGUGUGCAGAGGAGGGCGACCAAGAUGAUCAAGGGUCUGGAACCCAAGCCUUAGUAGGAAUGGUUGAGGGAGUUGUGUGUGUUUAGCCUGGAAAAGAGGAAACUGAGAGGAGAUAUGAUAGCUAUCUUCAGUUAUCCCAAGGGCUGUUACAUGCUGACCAGAAAGAAGAUUCCAGCUAAACAUCAUGAAGACCUUUCUGACUCUGAAAGCUGUUUGGCAGUGGAAUGGACUCCCUUGGGAGGUUGUGGACUCUCCUUCCUUAGAGGUUUUUAACAGAGGAUGCUUUAGUGCUUUAGUUGAGAUUCCUGCACUGUAGGGGGUUGGACUAGAUAAUCAUUGGGGUCCCUUCCAACUGUACCAUUCUAUGAUUCUAUACCAUGCAGGUGGUUGGCACCUACAGAAAGAAGUCUUGUUAUACGUCUGGUAGAAGUUGUAGGGCGGCUGCAUACUUUAUUAUUGGGAUUUGUGUGUUAAGACAGGAAACUGAGAUACAUGGUAGUGUUUGUGUAGUGUUCCAUUUUUCUUUUCCCUAUGAAUGUCGAUCUUUUCUUCCCUGCCUGUUCAGUAUAGCUAGCAGAUUGGAAUGCUUUCAGAUGUGGGCUUCUUUCACUCGAAAGUACACAGAGAAAUGUGUGAAAUGCUCAACCCUGACAUUCAAAACAGAGCAAUCUAGAGUAGGGAUGGGGAACCUAUAUCUGUCCAUACAUUGUGGGACUUUAUCAGCCCCAGACAGUGAGGCAAAUGAUUAGGGAUGAUUGUAAUUGUGGUCCAACAAUAUCCAGAGGGCUGCAGUUUCCCAAUCUCUUAUCUUGUGGUAUUGCAAUUAAUGUAAAUCAGACAAUGCUAAUUUUGCAUUGUCCAGGUGUUUCGUACUACAUCCACCAUAUAGCUGUACUGGCUGGGAAUGAUGGGAGUUGUAGUCCAAAAUAUCUGGAGAACACUAGGUUGGGGAAGGAUGAAUUAAACCAUGGGCAGUAUUGUGCUUGGUGUUGGAUAGCAUUGCUGCCUUGCAUUUGAAAGUGUAUUUCAAGUGUAAUGAAGCAUCCUUGGUUGUUUUACAACAGUUCAUCACAUUGUUGAGGUGAUUUGUAUGUUCAGUUAGUUUCUGUUUGUUCCCACAUAUUACUUUCUCUGCAGGGCGUAUGCAAAAUUCAGCUAUAUCUGAUUACAGCAGGGAGGUGAUUGGGGAUGUUAGCACUGAAAUGUUGGCUUAAUGCGGCUUAUUUCUUUCUGUGCACAUUUAAAAACUAUUACUUCAAUGUCAGCGAGACCACUUGUACUCUUUGUGCAUCUAUAAGAGUUAGAACAUCUUGUUCAAAUGUGAGUGAUUAAAAGUUAAGCAACGCCUUCAAAUUCUUGACAGCAUUCGGGAGAAACUAGCAUCUUAUUUCAAUUUUUAAUGGCUUGAUUUGUGGAGUAUUUUAUGGAGCUACAAAAUCAAGAGUGAAUGGGUCCUUAAUGUACCAAACUGUAAUGUACACUGUGUGUCAAGGUCAGAAUAUUUGUCCAUCUAGGCUACUUACUAGGGUCGACUGGCAGCAGCUCUUUAGUCUCAGAUAGAGGAGAGGCUUUCAGGCCACUUGCUCCCCGAUUCUUUUAGCUAUAGAGAUGCUGGAGGUUGAACCUGACCUUCUCUUUCUUUUUUGUUAAAUGCACAGUAUGGUAAGGCACCACUUGUUAAAUUCUUAUCUGUAUUCAUUCUGCCUUAAUUUCUCAGAAUGUGAGUCUGCUUUCAACUAUGAACUGUUCAGGAUGCAUGAGUUUGAGUAGAAUACCUGUGCUCUAGGAGCAAUAAUUGCUGUGACUAUUUUGCAGCAAUAUAGCAAUGGGACACGGGUGGCGCUGUGGGUUAAACCACAGAGCCUAGGAUUUGCUGAUCAGAAGGUCGGCGGUUCGAAUCCCCGCGACGGGGUGAGCUCCCGUUGUUCGGUCCCUGCUCCUGCCAACCUAGAAGUUCGAAAGCACGUCAAAGUGCAAGUAGACAAAGGUAAACGGUGUUUCCGUGCGCUGCUCUGGUUCACCAGAAGUGGCUUAGUCAUGCUGGCCACAUGACCCGGAAGCUGUACGCCUGCUCCCUCGGCCAAUAAAGCGAGAUGAGCGCCGCAACCCCAGAGUCGGUCACGACUGGACCUAAUGGUCAGGGGUCCCCUUUACCCUUUUACCCCUUUGCAGCAAUAAUGAAACACGCUUUCUAGAGUAGAGGUGCACCAUGUUCUGCAGGUUCAGGGAUGGUAUCCACACUUCCCCAUAAGCUGAAUAGGAGUAGCUGACUUAUUAUCAUUUUCGAAUACUGUAAUGUCAUUUAAAUAGGGUGGACACCCCAUGUUAAAGAUGGUGAGUUGUCUCUAAUGUGCUUACUUUGAAUUCAUUGCCUUUAAAUAUGAGAAGGCAAGACUCCUUGAGGGGACUUGCAAUGUAGCUUUUACAUACGUGAAUAUUUAAAAAUAAUAAUAUGAAAAUUCCUUUAAAAUAUCAGCUUGAUUUUCUUAUUUCUUAUAGAGCAGGGCUGAAGAAUUUCUGGCCCUCCGGAUGUUCCUAGACUACAAUUCCCAUCAUCCCUGACCUUGCUGGCUGGGGAUGAUGGGAGCCCAAUAACAUUUGGAGAGCCACAGGCUUCCAUCUCUAUUAGGUUCUCCUUAGGUGAAGUAGUGAAUCCACCAAAUCUCAGCUUCAGUUCCCCAUGCCCUCCCCAGUCUGCAGACCAACUUUAUCAGGUUGUUGUGAUGCAAGGAUGCAAGUUCAGUGCUUAGAGCACUUGAAAGUGCGACAUAAAUGCUAAUUAUUACUAUAACAUUUUGAAACAUAGCUAGGAAGUUAUGCAGCUUAGGUGCCUUUACAGUUAUUUAUUUUCUUUUUAAAAAAUUGUUGGGUGAAAAAUUGUAGUUUUCUAGUUUGCUGCUAUCCUCCUAACUUGAAGAGGAUCAGCUUCAAAUCAGUUAUAAACCUGAAGGUAGGCACAUAUGACAACUGUCUGUUUUUCUUUUUAGGGUUCAUGUAAUCACAGGAGUUACUUUGUUGUAUGUAUCUUUUCAGAACGCAACAGGAUUUCAGAAUGAAUCAGGUGAGUUUAAAUGCAAGACUUUCUCAAAAAUAUAAUUGCUCAGAUGUUAGCAUACAUAUCUACACUUACUUUCUUCUGGUAAAAAUAGUAAUCCCAACUGAAAUCCAAAAUGUAAGUCUUCAUUAUUGCAAUGCCAAAUGUCCUGUUCUCUCCUUCUCUCUCCCUCUUUCUGGUUGGGAAGUUGGGAAGUUCUAUUAUGUGAAAAUUGAUUUGUGUUCAGUUAACUAGAUUGUAGAAUAAUUUCACUGGUCCCUUCUUCAAGAGCACUCUUCUCUAAGAAAGCUUUAGUUAUUUUGCAUGAGUAAUACUUAUAUUUAGGCCAUUUUUAAAAAAUCAGAAACUUGAGUUCACUCUUUCUCCCUCCUCCCUUCAAUCUUAGCUCCAUAAUUAAUAUAAUUUACCCCCCAAAAGAGAGAGAGAUUAAGCAAAGAUCUUUGCAUGCCUUCAACAUGAAACCCUGGAACUGAUUAAAUGGUCCUCUAGCUACGUAUUUUUGCAUGUUUGAGAGUGUGGUCUUUUAUGCUAGCCUUCUUCAGCCUGGUGCUCUCUUGUGUUGUUGGAUUCACAGGAAGACCCACACCUAAAUAUCUAAAAUGCCCACUUUCUUUUGAGAUGAGCUUAUUAGUAAAAAGAGAGGGUGUCCUCGUAUCACAACCAGUCCCUUUUACCCAGCCCCCAGGUCAUAGUCUGGCCCAUCUCCCCUCCAGGUUGCACUUUGGAGAAAGGGAAAAUUCCAGUUGUGUCUGCACCCAAACUACAAUCUUAAUACCUAUAGAGAAUUUGGUGGCACUUUCCCUUAGAGAGAGUUUUUGUCGCUGUUUCUAUUUGCGUUGUAUUUGUCAUGUUGAAUCUUUGUGAUGUUCCUAUCCUUCUCACUCUGCCAAUGGCAUUUUGUGAACUUAAAUUAAUAAGAGCAUCGUUAGCAUCAGCAUCAUUAUUAAAUAAAAUCAUUGGAGGCUAUAUGUUGCACCCUUUUCCUCCUGUGCCAGAGCAUGCAUCUACUUUAAAAGCAAAGCCCGGGUGACGUGGGAUCUGAAAAGCUAUUACUUUCCCACUUCCUCUCCCGUUCCGUUGCAGACAGAUGCUGCUACUGUAUUGUUGUUGAAAAGGAACAAGCCUGGGUGAUAGGGCACAGCUAAAAUGUUGUCGCAGGAUAAUCAGUGUGGUAGGAUUGCCACACAGGAAUCCUCCUAGUAGCCAUUCUGCUGUGAUUUGGACUCUUUCUUCUCAUAAGUUGUCCCCACCCCAUGCCAGCUAUGUACUCCACUAGUGGUGGUACUGGUGCAACAAAAGUUGGCAGAAGGACAUUGGCAGACUUCACACGUGGAUAUUGACAUUGGCCUACAGUCGGAGCAGUCUUUUUAUACCUGUGUGACCUUGAUUAAACAUGUUUCCUUCUCCCCCUUUGAAUUGAAAUGGGGAGGUUGACUAUGAUAGUGGACAGAUGAUGUGGAUCUAUUUAUUUAUGUGGAUAUUACUGGUGUAUGUUUUUAACCUUUCUCUCCUGCCCUUCCUCCAAGGAGAAAACAGCAAUCCCCUGCACAUUUUAUCUUCAUAGCAACUCUGCUUUGGAGCCAGUACUGGCAGCUCCCACAAGGCAGAACUGAUUUACAGGGAAGGCCAUAGCUUUGCAGGUGAAAGGUCCCUGGUUCAAUUCCCAGCAUCUCCUAAGUAGGCAUGAAAAGAACCUCUGCCUGAGAUGGGGAGCUGCUGUCAGUCAGUGUAGUGAUAAAGGGAACUGCUGAUUUUGUCAACCUGGUGCCCUCCUGAUGUUUUGGACUACAAUAAGUUCCAGCCAGCAUGGCUGCUGAUCUGGUCCAAAACAAUGAUAUCCAACAGUAGUCAUGGCAAAGGCUCUAUUGGAUUUGAAAUUGUUUUUAUAUGUGCAAUUGUUUUAACUGUUUUUAUAAUGUAAGUUGUUACUGUAUUUUGAAAUUGCUUUGAGAUGCUUUCAUAAAUGAAAUCAUCACCAUCAUCUGGGGUUCCCUGAGUUUUUGAAGACAAUAAUGAGCUAAACUGACCAAUGGUGAGACUUCCAAUGAAACUUUUUUUUAAGAAAAAGGGAGGUUACAUCCGCCAGUAGGAGCACAAGCUGUAGAGGAGAACAAUUAAUAGAAUUUUGGGGCCAUAAUUACCAACGUGAAGAGACACGGGUGGCACUUUGGUCUAAACCACUGAGCCUAGGGCUUGCCGAUCGGAAGGUCAGCGGUUCGAAUCCCUGUGACAGUGUGAGCUCCCGUUGCUCGGUCCCAGCUCCUGCCCACCUAGCAGUUUGAAAGCAUGUCAAAGUGCAAGUAGAUAAAUAGGUACCACUCUGGUGGGAAGGUAAACGGCGUUUCUGUGUGCUGCUCUGGUUUCGCCAGAAGCGGCUUAGUCAUGCUGGCCACAUGACCCAGAAAAACUGUCUGUGGACAAACGUCAGCUCCCUUGGCCAGUACAGCAAGAUGAGCGCCACAACCCCAGAGUCGUUUGCGACUGGACUUAACUGUCAGGGGUCCUUUACCUUUUUAAAAAAUUAUCAACAUGAUGCAUAAGUUGACAUCUCUGCUUGAAGGUAAAAUGUCAGCUGAUUACUGGGGAAAGCAUGUUAAGAUGACAUCUAAUGACCUCACCAUGUUAAAGUUGAUUCCCCAUGUAGGGUGGUUCUUUUUAGUUGAAAAAGUCUCCUUCGUGGUCACUAGUUGCUAUAUUGAAAGCUAAUACAGUGGUGCCCCGCAAGACGAAUGCCUCGCAAGACGGAAAACCCGCUAGACGAAAGGGUUUUCCGUUUUUGAGUUGCUUCGCAGGACGAAUUUCCCUAUGGGCUUGCUUCGCAAGACGAAAAUGUCUUGCGAGUCUUGAGAUUUUUUUUUCGCUUCCCCCCCCCUAUAUCUAAUCCGCUAAGCCUUUAAUAGCCUUUAAUAGCCUUUUAGCAGCUAAUCCGCUAAGCCUUUAAGCCUUUAAUAGCCGCUAAACCGCUAAUAGCGCUAAUCCGUUAAGCCGCUAAUAGGGUUGCUUCGCAAGACGAAAAAACCGCUAGACGAAGACUCUCGCGGAACGGAUUAAUUUCGUCUUGCGAGGCACCACUGUAGUUUGAAUUUGAAGUUAACAUGUUGUAAAGCAGUUGGAAGGGUGCAAUGCCUCUCGAAUGACUGGCCAUAAAUCUCACCUGAAAGGUCCUAGUCUGGUUAUUUCAAAUAAGCAUGCAGCUCCUCACCCAUGCAACUGUUGUAUUUGUGUAUAAUACAUACAUACAACAACCCUUCUGUCAGCAAGCAAAAAUCAAGGGGAGAGUUUUAAAAGUUGCAAAAUACCAAACAAUAAAAGCACUCACAAAUUUCUCAAAAUAAAAACCAGGUCAUGGCCCUACCUAAGGUGGGUCACAAGAGCAAUGCUACAUCAUAGAAACAUAUGUUUAACAAUUGAUAAAUGGGUCCUGGAAUGUUUGUUUGGGUUAAAGGUGGGUGCUGAGUCUGAAAAAGAAGACUGCUGAGCUCAGUGAUUGUGCUGAAGUCCCCCAAGGUUGUUGUCUGGCUGUCAAAAUGACAUCAGAUUUGAUGCCAGGCAAACUUUCCUGGGGAGGGUGUUCCACUUGCAUCAACAACUGAGAAGAUUGUUCUUGAAUUCAGAAGAUGGUGAAGGGACGGGGUGUACUGAACAAAGGUCUUUGGAUAACACAUGUACCAAUAGGGCAGGCUCAUACGGCAGCAUUAGGAUUUCAAAGGUUAGAACUAGCACUUAAAAUUGUGCUCAGGACCAGCAGCCCACAUACUUUUUGAAGAAAUGCCAAGAUAGCUGAACUCUGCUAGUAUAGGACACAGCUGCUAGGCUGAUAACUAGUUUUCCUGAGCAGUCUUCAAAGGCAGGCCCACCUACUACAUGUUUCAGCCUCACAAUCUGGAGGUUUACCAUGGCCAGGCUAUCUUUGUCCAGGAGGUGUCACUGUUGGUGUGCCAUUCUUAGCUGGCUCAGUGUAGUUGAUGGUCAGGGGUGAUGGGGGUUGCAGCUCAUUGAUACCUGGAGAGCCAAUGGUUACCGUUCUGUGCUCUAAGUAAAUAAAUAUCUGCUUGCUGCAAAGUUGAAUAGCGGGUCUUUAUGCACAGAUUUAUGUAGAUAUACUGACUUGUAGUGAAGGGCAUCUUGUUUCAUACCCCUAGUAUUCAGAGGAUAGUUGUGUGUUUCAUAUGCUCCUCUCUCCCGCAAGCCAGUAUUACACAGAUCUUUUCCAGGUGAGAUAAAUAAUUAGAAAGAACUGUUGAAAUUAAGUAGGUUGGGUCUUGAGCACUGCUUGGGUGAGUGAUCACUUGGAGUCGUAAUUCAGCUUCUCUGAACUCUUGAGCAAAAGCCACAGGUAUAACAUGCAUUUCCACUUAGCUGUUCUUUUUGCCAGUAAACCCUUUAGUUCUCUUCUAAGAAGGAAUCAGCAUUUUAAAAUAGUUACGUUUUGUGCAGGUUUAGGAUUUGUGACUUGUGAACGCCAUUAAAAUUACCUGCUUUUGAGUACAUCUCUGUGUGAAGGAUAAGGAAUGUGUUUGCCAGCCAGAUGUUCUUAGACUCUGACCUCCAUGAGCAGGGUUCAAAAUUACUAGAGUGCCAGGUGCAUUUUGCGCCUAAAGAUUCUCCAUUUCCGAGCACCUCAACAAGUCUGGGUGCCAUUUUUUGCACCUGCCUGACACUCAAAGAUUACUGAAAUGUACGUGCUUUGAAGCCUCAAAGUAUAUGUUAAGGAUAGACAAUACAUCAAGGAGUUCAACAAUUAAGAGUAGAGUGUUUUGAAAACUGACGUUUGGUACCAAUAUUUUGAUUGUAAACACCAAAUUAAACAUACAUCAACAAUUUCUGCUAAAAAUGUGCUAUUAACAAUGUGCCACUUAUGUGGAUUGCAUAUUUAUUCAUGCUUAUCAAAUAAUAAAAAGUGUUGUCGACCCCCCCCCCCCAGCCCAAGUGGCAACUAGACAUUCUGUUUUGGUGCCCACAACCCAGGUCCCAGAAGCCAUUUGGCUCCUAGCUUUUCUACCCCAGUUUCUAACACUGCCCAUGAGCCUUAGCUAGCAUAACUGAUGGCCAGGGAUGAUGAAAGUUUUAGUCCAAGCACAUCUGGAGAGCCCCAGGUUGCCUACCUCUGCUCUUUGGCUCCACUGAACCCACAUUUUGUAAACUGAAUGUAGGCUGCUGCUGAGAAUGAUUCUGGCAGAUUUUUUUUUAAAAAAAAUCUUCAUGCUUAUCCAAAUGAGCAGGGUUCCACAAAUACUGGAUUACAACCAGCCUAUCUUUGUGCUUUGUGGAGGAAACAUUUCAAGGUGUGAUGAAAAAGAUCCAAACUUUGCUGCUUAGAACAGUCUUAAGAUGGAGAGCAGGAGGGUCCAAUGCACACUUAUAGUGCAAUCAUUGCAUAUUUACUCAGAUGGGUUCCUCUGUGUACCAGAAGGGCUUAUACCUUGAUGAACGUACAAAGGAUUGAAAUCCAGUUAUGUUAGACUGAGCUAAGAGCAAGCAUGUUUCAAGCAGUACUAUAGGUUACUAGGACAGAGAAAGAUGGAUGUCCUUGCCUUGAAAAUUAAACACCAGUGGUAAUUUAGAUCUGCCUCUACCACUGCUCAGAACACAUGGGACUCUUUGUAGGGUAGAGGAUGGGGUGAGGAACAAUUAUUUUGCUUUACUUUGCUUCAUAAGCAAAGUUCCAGAAUGAAGAAUGUUGAUGAGUUGAAGGCAUUGGGACUGAUAGAAUUGCUGGAGCCCUGGUACGACUCCCGAUGACCCCUUCCAAUAACAUCCUCAUCGUUCUGUUCUAUACAGUCAUACCUUGGGUUACAGACGCUUCAGGUUGCGCGUUUUCGGGUUACAGAUGCGCCGAAACCCGGAAGUACCAGAAUUGGUUACUUCUGGGUUUCGGCACAUGCGCAGAAGCACUAAAUUGUGUUUUCGGCAUGCGCAGAAACGCUGAAUCGCAACCCGUGCAUGCGCAGACGCAGCACUGCAGGUUGCGAACGUGCCUCCUGCACGGAUCAUGUUUGAAACCCAAGCAUCCACUGUAUUAGGUACUGCCACAGAAGAGUCAUCAGGGCCUCUUGUAGUAGUGUUGCCACAAUGCCAAGAGCUGUCAUUCUCCUCUUGGAGAGGGAGAAUACCUUCAUGGCAGAGCAUGUGUUUUGCAUGCAGAAGGUCCCGGGUUCAAUGUCUGUCAUCUUCAGUCUAAAGGAUCAGGUAGCAGGUGAUGGGGAAGACUUUCUACCUGAGGCCCUGGGGAGAUACAGCCAGUCACAGUAGAAAGCACUGCACUGGGUAUAAGGCAGGCUUCCACGUUCUGUUGCCCACAGGGGGAAGCUGUUUAGUAUCUGAAGUAUUAGUUGUUAAACUUAUGGCAUACUUGGUCUUUCUUUCUUUCUUUCUUUCUUUCUUUCUUUCUUUCUUUCUUUCAUCUCUGUAUUUUAUAGCUAUUUCUUGCUUACUGAAGUGAAUUUCACCACUAGCUCUGAUAUACACCAUGCUUGGAAGUGAUAUUAAGAGACAAACUGAUAUUUACAGCUUAAUCCUGGCCAAGCAACACUGAAGCAAAUGGGUUUUACAUAUACAGUCUUCCACAGUAAAGCUUGAUCUGCUAUUUAUAAGUAUUAAUAUGAUUUUAUUAACCACAGUGAAGCUUGUUUUACUUAAACUAUGAAGCCCCGGGUUCAUGCAUUCCACCCCUCCUUCUCCAUCACUUCUCUGAGUUAGAUAAUUUCACUUCUGGACUAGAUGAGCCACAGCUGCUUAUGUGAAAGCCCAAGAAACUGCUUAAUCUUAUUUGUGGUUUGUCUGAAACAAGCCUGCUUCAAACAGUUUUAUUUAAUCAAACCAUAGUUAGUAUUAAGUGCAGUUUAGGGUUCAGAUGUUACGCUCUUCUGUGUUUAAAUGGAAUGAAUUCUCGUUUCUCACAACCGUAUUGGAAGACUUUGAGGAGAGUACAUAAUCCUCAGGCUUAUUGAAGCUAGCUUUCAUCACACCAAACUAUUGUUUAUUGCAGGGUUCACCAGGCUUUUGGGGUCAGUGGGCUCAUCAGGAAUAUUGAGAAUGUUGUGAGCACCAGUCCCAAAAUGACCGUCAAGGGGGCAUGGCCUAUCACAAAGUAGCUGCCAUGGGGACAUGUCUUAACAUAAAAUAGAUAUUUUCUGAGAUAUUUUAUGGAUGCGCAUACUGUGAUAUUCACACACAGCCUAUAUCUUUGCUUUAUUUUACUAUGCCUUGGUCUGUUGCUUCUGUAAUAACUAGAGUAGAAGCGGAGUGAAGCAUAUAUCUUUGACUGAAAGGAAGGUAGCUAUAUUUGCUAUUAAAAUAAGUGCUCCAAAAGUAAUUUCCUUCACAUACCUGUGCCUAGCCUUGUAAUCCCUUUUGAAUAGCAGUACUUCAGAGGAAUAAGAAAAAGAAUUAUUCAUUGGCAGUGAUGCUGAUCUUUAGAUAUACAUGCUGGGUGCACAGAUAAUAUCUGCUUAAUUUGGUUGGGGCAUAUCAGUACACAAUUGGCUUCCAAAGUCAAGAGCCAUCCCACAAUACUUGGGGGCAAUGGGGGAAGAAUAUAUUCAAAUACAGGUAGAGAUGCUUAGGCCAGGUGUCUGUAGUAGGUGAGGAGCAUGGUUUUGAGGAAAAGUUGUGAAUAAAGCCCAGAUGUAGAGCAUCGUAACCUACUUUGCAGACUCCUUGUAAGGAAUGGCAACAAGAGCUAUACAACAAGCAGCCCAUAUUGGAGACAUCCCACCCUCCUUGUUCUUGCAUAUUGUGUGUCUGAAAAUGAAAGCUGCAUUUCUGUUUAGUAUGUCUAGUAGCUAGCGAUAGCCCUACCCUCUCUAAGUUUAAAAAGUCACGUAUCCUGCUGGCCAUCACAGCAUCUGGUGGAUCACUGAGUAGAUUAUGCAUUGGAUGAAGGAUUUGCAGUGUUUCUCUUGAUGUCAUCAUUUUCAAAUGUGCUUGGUAAACUAGUGUUUAUGUGAAGUUGAAAUGCCAGCUAUUGCAACACAGUUUUGUUUAUGGAUUCUUGUGUUGUGCUGCCAAUUGUAACGCAGGUGGGUUGUCAGAUUCUGCCAUGUGUUUACAGUUGGGCUGUCCCCUUCCUAUUUUUGUUUCGUUUUGUUUUCUUCAUAGAACUCAACGGAGCCUUCAGUAUCAGUUGAGACUUUGGCCGAUGUACCUGAGCACGUGCUUAAAGGACUUCCUGAGGAAGUGAGACUUCUCCCAUCUGCUGUUGACAAGACACGGCUUGGUAAGUGAAUCUAGAAACAAGCUGCAGGCAGAGAGGCUGCUUGCACUGAAGAAUGUUUAACCUGGGGAGUGUGGGGUGGAAUCCUCCUCACGAUUUGCUACAACAGGGUGACUACAUGAUGCACCCUCAGCCCAUGGUUUGAAAUGUGGUAUCCAAUUGUCUCCUGCACUCUAAAGUCAACAGCACUACCUGGUUUGAGGUGAACUUAGAUCAGCAGCACUACUGGCAAAUGGCAGCCCAAAACUGAAUGUUUUGUUUUGAGGUUUGGACAAAGACUUUCCAAGUUAUUAACCCCAGUUGGUAUACGGACAUUACUCACACCUCUAAAACCCUGAUACUUAUCCUUGGCAACCAAACAGUUUGCAGUCCUUGGGGUGGCAAGUUGAAAUGUAGAAGAGGCAUCCGUAAAUGAGUAGACUUUACACAUAUUGCUAUCAUUGAAAUUGCCCCCAUGGAUACAUUAUCAAGCUGCCCACAAAGAGAUACAUCUGGGUCCCGUGAGAGCAGGUUUUGUCUCUUAAGGUCAUCCAGGAAACGUGGGUGUAUUCAGGAAUGUUUCCCAGGGAUGGAGGAGAUGUAAAGUAGUACACCAAAAGGUGGGACAGGCUGGUUUCUUUCCCCCGCCCCCAAAAAGAAGAAGCGUGCCUGUCCAUUUUGCCUUAUAUGUCAGGUUCUACCAACUUUUCAUUUAAAAGUGAAUGCUGGAGAUGACCCCUUCAGAACCUUGAUCCAGGUCCCUUCUCCCAGCAGAUUGUAUCCAUUUUUACUGCCCCCCUCCCAGUUCCCAAUCCCAGAUUAUGUAGCCAUCAGCAUCCUGGCAUUUUACUGCUUUUUCUGUUUCAUGUGUUUUGCUGUUAGUUGCAUGUCAUUUUGUGAUAUGCUUGUUUCCCCUCCCCUCUUUUUGGCUUCUCUGCUGUUCCCCCCUUUAUUUAGCCCGGCAAAGUUACAGUGUAUUUAUGGAAUCGCUUUGUUGUCGCUACGCAGUGUUGCAAGGUUUUGAAGUAUGCAAUACUACCAAAGAGUCUGAUUGUGGUUCCUCAUUUGAUCUUCAGGUGUCUGGGCAACAAAGCCAAUUUUCAGAGGCAGAAAGUUUGGCCCGUUUGCUGGUGACAAGAAGAAACGAUCUCAGGUUAAAAGCAAUGUGUACAUGUGGGAGGUAAGCAGUGACUGAUGAGCAAUUCCUUUUUUAUAUAUAAUGAUUUGAAAGUUCUAUAAUCCUUUUUAAAAAGUAGCUCAUGGUGGCUAAUGGCAUCACUAUCAAACAAUAAAGCAUAUAAAAUAAGAUAUCAAACAAUAAGCAUAUAAACCGUAAAUAGUUUUUCUCUUGGUUUUAAGGAUCACCAAAGGCAAAUCAGAAAUGUAAUUAAAAUUAAAAUGUAGCUUAACUCUCUUGCUAUGGUAGCUGGCAUUGUUAGACCAAGCCAUGGUUUGUUUGCUUUUUAGUUUCUGAGAAGUAGGGGUAAGAGACUACUAAGAGGGAUGCAAUAAAUGCAUAUAAAAUCAUGACUGAUGUAUAGAGCAAGUGUGAGAUAUCUCAAUCCUGCCUGGGGGCCAAGUGUAACCCUUGGGCUUCCCUGUUUGCCCCCGGAAGACUCCUCAGGCCAUUCCUUGCUGGUCCUGCUGAAAUGUGCCCUUGAGCUGUAAUAAUGCCUCUUGUUUGCAGGCAAGGAAGGCAAAGAUUCUCUUGUAAAUUUUCAAUAAAUAUUGUGCAGAACGGUGUCUGCAAAAGUUGUCCUUCUUGCUUAUUCUGCUUCACUGUGCAUCCAGCCGUAAUCUAAUGCAGAUGCAGUAGUUAAGAUAGAUUCCAAAGUCAAUGAUCUUGUUGCUGCACAUCCCUUUCUCCUCCACCACCAGUGAGUAGCAAAAAUAGGCCUAAAGCCCAGACUUCCCACUUCAGAGAGCAACUUCCUGUCAGCACUGCCAUGUGAGUAGGUAGUCUUCAGUCUUCCAAGGUGCUCCAUAUGGACCAAGUCAUAUAAAACACCCACAUUUUAAAACUGAGACAAUGGGUGCAUGCUCUCAUGAUUAAUGAGUACUUUUGUUUCUUUCCUCCUCUCUGUCUCCAUGCACACAUAUGUUCAACCUCACAAGGUCUAUUACCCAAACUUGGGAUGGAUGUGUGUUGAUGCCACAGAUCCAGAGAAGGGGAACUGGCUGCGCUAUGUGAACUGGGCUCGCUCAGGAAAGGAGCAGAACCUAUUCCCUUUGGAGAUCAACAGAACCAUCUACUACAAAACUUUAAAGGUAGCAGUGCCUCUGCUUAUAUCAGUUGCCUUUGUACAAAUUUCAAUACCCUGUCUUCCCAUUGCUGCUGUGCAAAAGUGCAACCUGCUACUACAGGAGAUGCAACAUAGCUUCGUGGCAGAGUACCCGAGUGGCAGCCAGAAGCCCUCAAGUUCAUUUCGUGGCAUCUUCCACUUUAAAAGUUCUCUGGUAAAAAGCAUAGCCUUAGCUCUUUGGGGUGGAGCUGUGCUAGGCUAGAUGGGCCAGAAAAGUAUGACUUUUUAAAAAGCUGUUCAGCUCUUUCUCAGGGACUUUGGGAGUCUCCCAUACAUCUCUUUGCAAGAGACUGUAGUUCAGUGGUAAGAUUGCUUGUUUUGCAUAGAUGUUUUUUUAAAGUUGUGGUCCAUCCUUAUUGUUUCAAAUGCAUUUGAAAGGGUGGGGUAUAGGUUUUCCAAAUAAACUGAAUAAGGGCCACGUUAGAAAUAGAUUGGUGACCACAGUUAAAUGCUCCAUUUGAGGGAUAUGUGCAAUUGCAGUACAUUGCGUCUGAUAUUUUAUGACAUAGGGCUGUAUCCAGUGGUUAGUCCUACUCAGAUUAAACGCAUUAAAAUUAAUGGGCACGAGUAACUUAGAUCUAUUGGUUUCAGUGGGUCUGUUCUUAGUGGGAUACAGCCCAUAAAUCCCUAGUUGGCUGCUUGACCCAUCGUUUUGCUUCGUGACAUGCAGUCCUUGAGCCUUCUGGAGGGAUCCCUAAUAUUGAUGUCAAAUAGUCCUUCUUUCUACUGCCAGCAUCUCCACUCUCCUGUAAGUAAGGGGGGGGGGAGAGACCCUGUGGCCUUUUCUGACACUUCUCUGACAUGCUAGCCAUCUUGAAGGCAUGCUUUUCCCCCUUUAAUGAAGUGUUGCUCCAAUAAAAUAGCUGUGUAUUCUUGUUUCCUCUUCCACUCCUCUUUCCCUUAGGUGCCCUAUAUUUUCUUCUGGUUUGUAAGUCAUAAGCCAAGAAUUGUCUCUUUAAAAAAAUAAUAAUGGUAUAGUUCCUAGCAAAAAAGUAAAGGACCCCUGCACGGUUAAAUCCAGUCAAACUUGACUAUGGGGUGCGGCGCUUAUCUCACUUCAGGCCAAGGGAUCUGGCAUUUGUCCACAGACAGCUUUCCGGGUCAUGCGGCCAGCAUGACUAAACCUCUUCUGGCUCAACGGGACACCCUGACAAGUGCCUUGGUUAUGUUCCGUUGGUCACAGGUCAUUUGCCAGAAAACCUUUUCUCCAUUGUUUCCAAUAAACAUUACUGUACGUUUGACACUUGGCCAUGAAACAUUUGCUCUUUAUGCAUAUUGCUGUUGAUGCGGGGUGGGGGUGGAAUUGAUGCAUGCUUUUCGAGACAACACUUAUCCAAGUUACAGAUAAAUUCUUGAGGUUGCAAAACUGUUACAUCGAUCAUAGCUUUUUAAGGUGCAUUAACAAGAAAACAUUGUUACAAGAAAACAAGAAAACUACCAGUGACAUCCUUCUUGGUUAUUUUUGUAAUCUCGUUCAGAAACAAACAGUUUAAUGUUAAUAAUAUUAGCUAAAACACCAGAUAUUAUGAGAAGAAGGUUACAAAUGUUGCAUUAGUGACUACAGAAUUACCUGAUACUGUUUCUUCUUCUGUGUUGUUUUAUUUGGCUCAUUUUGCUGUUGAUAUUUUGUGAUGGUGGUGUUUAAUGUUGCUGUUUAUCAUAGUUGACUUUUAAAUAUUAUAAGGUACCUUGGAUAUUUUUAAUUCUAUGUCACUGCACACUUGUGUAGAUAAUAGCAUUACUUGUAGAGUGCGUUUUCCUUUCUUGGUCAGUUCUAAAUUUAUACUAACCUUCUGCUAUAGUCAAAAUCUGAACAAAACUUACCUAUGUGUGUAAAAUUGUAGACUUCUGUGAUUUAAUCAAAUUGUUAAUCAAUGAUAAUUAGCCAAACCCAUUUUAAUGCUAAUAUGUUUUCCCCAGUAGAGUUGUACUUCUUCAGCCUUUUAUGUUUUGCUAUCUUGCCUAUGUAAUUAGAAUGAGGUUUUUAUAAUCCUUGAAUAUGUCACCUCAUCACAAUUUCAGAGCACCUAGAUCCAGGAAUUAUUAGGAAGCUGUAACAAAAUUAAAUUAUUUCUACUACCUGUUUAUUCUUGGAGGGGAGGAGACUUAUGGCAAUCAGCCUUUUGAGUGUCAGCUGUCAGUUUUUUCAACAGACAUGUGAUUUGAGAUUCUUUAUAUAGGUGGAAAGCCACCGCUAACUUUCCAAGGAAGCAGUGCCAGGAACAACAUGAUACCACCUGCUGAAUACCAUUGAGAGCACCUGGUAGCAUGGCUCUGUUAAUUGUGCUAAAAAUCUGAUUUUUAAAAAAAAAAUUGGGUGAACCUCUUUGAGAAUCAUAACGGUUGAAAAGUGUUCUGAAAAUAUGGUAAAAUUGUUGUUGUUUUUUUAGAAUUGUGUUUUGAUCCAAUAAAAGGAUUAGUUUUGAUCCAAUAUAAGAUGAGCCCUGCUGGAUUAGACCAAAGAUCCGUGUAGUCCAGCCUCCUGUUCUCACAGUGGCCCACCAGAUGCCUGUGGGAAACCCACAAGCAGGACACAAGCACAAGAGUUUUCUCCCUUCCUGUGAUUUCCAGCAACUGGUAUCCUUCUCCCUCCAGAGGAGGGCAACCAAAAUGGUCAAAGGCCUGGAAACGAUGCCUUAUGAGGAACGGCUAAGGGAGCUGGGCAUGUUUAGCCUGGAGAAGAAGAGGUUAAGGGGUGAUAUGAUAGCCAUGUUCAAAUAUAUAAAAGGAUGUCACAUAGAGGAGGGAGAAAGGUUGUUUUCUGCUGCUCCAGAGAAGCAGACACGGAGCAAUGGAUCCAAACUACAAGAAAGAAGAUUCCACCUAAACAUUAGGAAGAACUUCCUGACAGUAAGAGCUGUUCGACAGUGGAAUUUGCUGCCAAGGAGUGUGGUGGAGUCUCCUUCUUUGGAGGUCUUUAAGCAGAGGCUUAACAACCAUAUGUCAGGAGUGCUCUGAUGGUGUUUCCUGCUUGGCAGGGGGUUGGACUCAAUGGCCCUUGUGGUCUCUUCCAACUCUAUGAUUCUAUGAUUCUUUUUCUCCCUGCAUAUGCAUGAAUUCCCCCUGGAUCGCUUUUACAAAACCGGUGUUAGAUUGGCUACAUUCUAGUAGAUUGGCUACAGGUAUGGAUAUUGAUCUAAGGGACAAGUUGCAUAUUUUUUCCAGAAGUUCAGCAACUUUACAUUUGAGUGUUUUGAAAACUCUCUGGUGGAUGCUGCCUUGGGCCCAGUGAUUCAUCUUGCACUUAGGCUGCAAUCCUAUGUGUGCGUUCUCAGAAUUAAGACCCAUUGAAGACAAUGUGAUUUACAUCUUAGUAAACAUGCUUAGCAUUGCACUGUUUAAAGUAUUUUCGCUACCUUUUUACAGCUAUAUUGUUGCAAAAAGACAUACAGACAAAGGUAUAGUGGGAAAAAUAAUUGCAUCAGAACAACUGUGUGCAAAUUCAUAUGAGAAGCUCCUCUGGACUAGCUGUUCAUGCUAUUGGUUAAAAGCAGCCUUGACUUCUAUUACAGUAUCUAUGGAGGAUGGGGAGCAUCAGAAUAUGUCAGCAUAACCCAGAAUGUUUGUGUACAUGCCUGGUCAUGAACUUACUCAGGAGACUUUGGGCGAUGUUGUUAACUUUCAAUAAAGAACUGUAUGAUAGUGAAUGUAAAACAGUUGAUACUCUUAUCAGGUCAGAGUGUUUUCUGUCCUGCAGUUCUCUUACAUAAGCUAAAACUGGUGGGGAGAGUAUCGUUUCAUUCUUGCCCUGCUUGCGGUUUUCUGAUGGGCAUCUUGUUGGUCACUGAGAACAGGAAGCUGGAGUAAAUGGGCACCCUUCAGUCUGAACCAGCAGGACUCUUACUAUGUUUGUAAAAGUAUGUAUUCCCUGUUGCAUAGUCUCCUGCACAAGGUUUCAGAGUGGGGGCUGCUGAAAUCAGUGCUCAAGUUUUUAAUAUAUAUUUAAAAAGUCACAGAGCUUUCAGCUUUUAUAUAUGAUGGGUUGUGCCAACUAGGUUUUCCUCAGAGUAAAAAAGGGUAAAGGUACCCCUGCCCGUACGGGCCAGUCUUGACAGACUCUAGGGUUGUGCGCUCAUCUCACUCUAUAGGCCGGGAGCCAGCGCUGUCCGCAGACACUUCCGGGUCACGUGGCCAGCGUGACAAGCUGCAUCUGGCGAGCCAGCGCAGCACACGGAAUGCCGUUUACCUUCCCGCUGGUAAGCGGUCCCUAUUUAUCUACUUGCACCCGGGGGUGCUUUCGAACUGCUAGGUUGGCAGGCGCUGGGACCGAACGACGGGAGCGCACCCCGCCGCGGGGAUUCGAACCGCUGACCAUGCGAUCGGCAAGUCCUAGGCGCUGAGGUUUUACCCACAGCGCCACCUGCGUCCCUCAGAGUAGAUGCAUUGAAAUCAGUGGCCACUACCAUUCAUUUCAUUGAAUCUACUCUGAGUAGUACUAGCAUCCACUACAACCCAAUAUAUACAACCUCGGGUUACAGACACGUCAGGUUACAGAUGCUUCAGGUUACAGACUCCGCUAAUCCAGAAAUAGUACCGGGUUAAGAACUUUGCUUCAGGAUGAGAACAGAAAUCGUGCGGCGGCAGCGGGAGGCCCCAUUAGCUAAAGUGGUACCUCAGGUUAAGAACAGUUUCAGGUUAAGAACUUAAUUCGUUCUGGAGGUACCACUGUACAGGGUAAGGAAUCAGAGGUAAAUGUACUUCGGUAUUACAUCACAUCAUGACUGGCUGGAAAAGGUUCAUGUAUCUGUAGGAGGGAAAUUACAAUGUGUUCACUUAUAUGUUAAGAGGCACUUUAGUAAGAGCUUUUCUACACUCUCAUGAGGUUGGGCUGAGUGAUCUUUUGUAGUCCCUUGCAUUCUUUGAUUCUGAAAUCUACUUUUAUAUCCCCACCUGAAUGUUUAUUAAAAGGCUGGCGGAUAUAAAUAAAAAUGCUUGUUAUUAUCAGUGUAUAAUGAUAUUGUCAGUACAGUCAGUUAACAGGUCUCAAAAGCGAAGACAGACAAGGUGGGCAGUAAAACUGAUACGGCAGUCUUCAUUUGCUUUAGUGCAAGGAACUGUAGUCUCAAAGUUCUGGAGGGCACCAAGUUGUUAAAGGCUGAUUUAGGUCUGGUAAGCUAGAUACACAAAUGUUCUGACAGCUACCUCCAAUUGCAGGCGGGGGGGGGGGGGGAACCUUGGGCUUCAAGGCCUACUUGCUUGGUGACCUUGGACCUGUUACUAUCUCUCAGCCUAAUUUACUGCAAAUAAUUGUUGUGAGGCUAAUCCAAGCAGGGGGGAAAAUCCAAAUAAAGGCCUUGCAAAACAGUUUUUAUACCUCUCUGUAAAAGCUGGUCUUUGCGAUGUGUGUGUGUGUCUAUUUUCUGCCCUGCCAGUAGCAUGAGAGAGAGAGAGCCUCGUUACUUUGCAUUCUUUGGCGUUUGGCCUGCUGGGUUGAUCAAUUUUACUGAGCUGACCCUGGAUACUUUUAUCUGCUGGGCUUUUUCCUGCACUGUAUAUUUUGAUCUUAUGAUAUUGCUGUGGCAGGGAGGGUGCUGUUGUAGAAGGGAAAUAAAUAUCUCUAAUACAUGAAUGAAGUCUUAAGAUGUUGGGGGGGUGGACUUGAUGUGUAAAGAGAUGCCAAGGUCAUAGAUAAUUGUUGGGACUCUUGUUUAUGAAUCCACCUGAAAUUUAAGAUCAAAGUCAGAGGGAGGGAUGAACUGGGGAGAGGGACAUUUUAGUGGUGGUGUCCCAUUAGAGGAACAUCCUUUCCCCAAUAGAUGAGGGGGCUUUUUCUGUUUCUUAAGAGAAGACCAUUCUGUUGCUGAAGUUUUCAGAAUCAUCAUCAUAUUUGUUUUAAAUCCCUUCUAUGUGUGUUGAUCAUUACGCUUGAGCUGCUUGCUUGUAACAGCAGAAAAUAUGGGAGGUCAGACGCGAACAUCCUAGAGAUGUUUAAAGUAAAAUGUGAAAGAUUCUGUUUCCUUUCAAAUGCAUUGUUCAUUUUUCCUCCUUGCCUUUUUGAGAAGAACCUGUUGAAAUGAGCGAUGCCAUUUGGAGAGGUGUGGGUUUUCUUGUCCUUUUUUCUUUUUUUUUGCUUGCUUGCUUCUCUCCCAAUCUGCCAUAAAGCAAGCUGGAGUUUCAGUGCAAUGUGCAAGUCAUGCUAAUGCGCUGGAUAAAUGCAAUCCUCCUUCCAGCAGAGGGGUGUGGUGCAACUGGCUCGCUCUUUCUCUCCCUCUCUCUCUCCUCUCUUCUGUUCCUUCCCUUGUGACGCUGCGCUUGCACAAGCCACCAAGGGUUAAAGAGUCCUUCCUGUUUGGCCAGGCAGGCAGUUAGGAAAUCUGUUCUUAGUGCAGAGUACAGCUGUUUGUGAUCCGCACAGCAAGCUCCACGCCCUCUGGCCCUGAGCCUGCUUCUCUCUCUGUCUCUCUCUCUCCCCCCCCUUCUUUUUUUUUUUUUAUUAACAACCUUCCUCUUGAUUGGUGUCCUGCUUGUCUCUUCUUAUUCCUCCAGCCAAUUGAGCCAGGCGAGGAGCUCCUGGUGUGGUACAAUGGGGAAGACAACCCAGAGAUAGCAGCUGCUAUCGAAGAGGAGAGAGCCAGCAAUCGCAGCAAGAGGAACUCUCCGAAAACCAAGAAAGGUAAGAAGUUUCGCCUCCCUCUCUCUCCCAUCUCUCCCGUUCUCUGUGUGAAGGAAAAAUCCAAGGGGGGGUGCGUGGCAUGGAGUGGCAUGAAAAAAGGCAAACUUUUUUUCUUCUUCUCUUCCUUCCUUACCCCCCCUCCCCCAGUUCCUGCUUGUAGGAUUAAGAAACACUCCUAAUACUUUCUCACUGAAGGGAGUGUCAUACCAGCAAGUAUGUCUGUGUGACCUUUUUUCUCCCCAAGCUCUGGUGCUUGCCUCCUCAAUUUAAACAGCUUCCAGUUAAAGUUGUGUGUGUGUGUGUGUGUGUGUGUGUGUUGUGUGUGUGUGUGUGUGUGUGUGUGUGUAUGUAUGUAUAUAUAUAUAUAUAUAUAUAUAUAUAUAUAUAUAUAUAUAUAUAUCUGCCGUCUACCCCCCUUUCAUUCGAUCAAAGAGUAGAACGGUCACAUCAAUUUCCUUUUGGGGGGGGGAUUUGACAGUUCUUUCUCCGCUGUGUCGGUCCUUUUCAAACCAGAAGUUAGUUAAAACUUGAAGGAGAAAAAUAACCUGCUGGCAAGUUGAGUUUUUAAGGUUUUCAUGUUUUUGCUUUAUCAGACGUGUUGGGAGAACGAUGUGGUUCUCUUUUUUUAACACCGUGGAAGUAUUUUUAGUUGCCUUUGUUGUUUAUUGCACUUUGUGCCAGCAGAUGGAUUCUGAAAAUGAUUUCAAAAGAUUUAAAAAGCACUGCAUUUUUAUUUUAUUUUUUAAGUAUGCAAACAUUUUAUAUUGCCUCCCGAUAGUGUUAACUGGCAUGAGUUUAGGUAGCAAAUGACUUUUUGGUGCAUGGAGAAUGCCAGGUAUUGAAUUCAGACAGGUUGCAUUUAGGGUUUUAUUUCAGAGUGGUGUUGAAAUUUGGGUGAUGACUCAUCAAGACACGGCAUUUGCAUUUAUUCCUUCAUUAUGCCUUUACUGUUUGCAGCACUGCACUAAAGAAAACUAGGCCUGUAGUUUGUGUUUUUUAAUUUUAAAUUUCUUAUUGCGGGUGGGGCUGCUUUUGAAAUUAAUGGGAAGGAAAAGAUCAGUAUAUAUUCAGAGAGGUUAACGAAAAACAAGGCCUCCAUGUGUACAUAUUAAGGACAUGUUUCAAUUUGUAAUGAAUCAAACAAGUUAUUAUGAUAGAAAUAAUAACAAGACAGGUGAGAAGGAAGAAACUCAUUUGUUUGUGGGUUUGUAAGCAAAUAAAAUAUUUCAGCAUCAUUGUGAAUGAAAAAUACAUUGUUGUUUUUUAAAAUAAAAAAAAAUUAAAUGUGGUUUUAGAUAGUGGCUAAAAUAUAGGUUUUCCUAUUGUACUGCUGAACUUCUGUGAUAAGAUGUAGGUGCCUUUGAGUUAUAACUUCUGCACAUUUCUGACAAUGAUGGAAGAAACAGAAUAUUUCUUAAUCUACUGUCCAGAGUAAUUGGGGUUGUAUUAAAUUAAGUUUAACUUAGAGUAGACCUAUUGAAAUUAAUGAACCUAAGAUAGUCAUGUCCAUUAGCUUAAGAGGGUAUGACUCUGAGGAGGACUAACAUAAUGUUUUGUUUUGUUUUACUCCAGAAAAUGUGCUUCUAGGCUUUAUAUAUGUAUCCAGUCCUAACAAGAAAACUGCUGCUCCUUUUAAUAUUAGUAGUAAUUAGUAUUAGUAGUACAGUGGUACCUCGGGUUACAUACGUUUCAGAUUACAUGCGCUUCAGGUUACAGAUUCCGCUAACCCAGAAAUAGUACCUUGGGUUAAGAACUUUGCUUCAGGAUGAGAACAGAAAUUGGGCUCCUGUGGUGCGGCGGCAGCAGGAGGCCCCAUUAGCUAAAGUGGUGCUUCAGGUUAAGAACAGUUUCAGGUUAAGAAUGGACCUCCGGAACGAAUUAAGUACUUAACCCGAGGUACCACUGUAUUAGUAGUGGAUCCACAUUCCAGGAGCGAUAAUGUUACAGAGUGAGUUGGUGCCUUUAUUUACUUCACACUAGUUUGUGGGGAAGGGCAGGGUGAAGCCAGCCCACUUGGCCAUUGAAUCAUUGAAGGAUCAAGGACAGACAGUCCAUAUGGUCCCCUCCAGAUGUUCUGGACUCCAGCUCCCAUCGUCCCUUGUCAUUAGCCAUGUUGUCCAGGUCUGAUAGGAGUUGGAGUCUACAAUAUCCUCAGUCUAAGAACAAAAAUGGAGGAUGUCAUCUUAUGUUCACUAACUUUGAAACAAUCCCAUUGGUCAGGUGAGCAAAUCGCAUGCUGGGAAUGGCACCGCCCUUAUUAGUUGUGAAGUUGCUUGAGCUAAUCCAAAUGAAACAACAUAAGAAAAGCCCUGCUUAGAUCAGGCAAGAGGUCCAGCAUCCUGUUUUCCCAGUGGCCAAUGAGGUGCCUAAAUGGGAAACCCACAAGCAGGUCCUGAGUGCAACAGCCUGCUUUACACUUGAUAGUCACAACAGCCGGUAUUGAGAGACAUAACACCUUCAACAGGGAAGGCAGAAUAUAGUCAUCGUGGCUACUAGCCAUUGAUCACCUCGUCCUCCAAAGCUUACAUAGCUACUUCAUAAGACUGUUCCAGGAGAUGGGAAGUGCCAAAUGGUCAGGUUCUCUCAACUGAUAAAGGAGGGCCUUGCUGUUUGCACUUUGCCCUCUGCCCAUGCAACCCAGUGGAAGGGGUCAUUUUUGGGGAGAAGGAGGUGCCAAAUGGCAAUUAGUCCCAGCUGAGUUGAUUCAGCCAGCUUGAAUGUCAAAAACUUGAGGGCUGCAAUGCUUGGGAUCAAAAGCUCAAAACAGUCCCCACUGAGUCCCCUGCCACUGCACCGCUUCCAGUACUAGUCCUACUCAGAGUAGACCCAUUGAAAUAACUAGAUGUGACUUACUGCCUCCAACUAUGGAGGCAGAGCAUAGCCUUCCUCUCCAUGAAUUAGUCUAAUCUUUCAAAGCCAUCAUAAGUUGAUAGCCAUCACAAGUUCCAUAGUUUGCUAUGCAUGAAGAAUUGCUUCUUUUCUUCCGCAAAUCUUCCAGUGUUCGGCUUCAAUGGAUGUCCAUGGGUUAUGAGAGCAGGAGCAAAACGUUUUGCUAUCCACUUUGUUAUGCUAUGCAUAAUUUUAUAAUCAUCUGUUAUGAAACCUCUUACUCUCAUUUUCUCUAAAUUAAAAAGUCCCGAACACUGCAAACUUUCUUAGAAAUGUGUGUUCGGGGAAGAAUCUGGGAAUAAUUAUUCAUUAUGGGGGGGGGGUCCCUUUUGCCACCCCCAACCCUUGCAGACACAUCAACCAAUAUUGGGCUUAUAGGACAAUACAUACUGGGGAAGAGUUGGGUGACUUCCCUCUCUACUUUUAUUUUGUCUUUACAAAACUGCCGCGUUUUGUCUUUUGUUGUUGUGAUUUUUUUAAAAAAAGAAUGCUUUUGAAAACUAGGAAUGGCUGCAUGUGCAGAAUCAGUUUGGUUGCAGUUUUGAAGCCUGAGUCUCCAACUGGAAUUCAACUGGAGUUGGGAGCAAAGGAAUGACCAUAUCUGAGUGAAUCCACUUAACCUUGGAAAAUACAUCUGCAAUUUGUUUCCCUGUUCUUCCCCAGAGUAACUAAAUUAGAAGCAACUCCCUCAGAAGCUGCUCUGUGUCUCUCUGUCCUGUGUGUAAUUUCUGUUGCUGAUGCAGCUAUUAGGAAGUUGGGAAGCUGCCUUGUGCAGAGUCAGACCAUUAGUCUUUGUGGUUCAGCAUUAUCUACACUGACUUGCAGCGGCUCUUUGGGAUUUCUUUCCCAGCUCUAUCUAGAGAUGCCUGGGAUUUGACCUGGGACCUCCUGAUUGGAAAUUAGAUGCUCUACCACACAGCUAUGGUUCUUCUCCUAAAAGCAAAGCAAGGCUGGUAUUGUCUACACUGGCUGGCAGCAGCUCUGCAGGGUUCCAAGCAGGGCAUGUAACCUGGGAGCUUCAGCAUGCAAAGCAAGAGGAAUGGUCCUUUCCCAAAUUUGCAAGCUGUUUCUCUUUUUAAAUUCAAGGUCGACACUUAAGCAUACCUGGGCUCCUUUGGGAGGAAGGGCAGGAUAUGAAAAAAAAUAAAAGCCCCAUGAGAAGAGCCCUGCUGGAUCAGGCAUCCUGUUAUCACACUUUCUAACCAGUUGGCUAUGGGAAGCCUGUAAGUAGGUCCUAAAUGCAGCAGUGGUCCCUCCAUUUGUGAUUCCCAGCAACUGGUAUUUAGAGACAUAGCACUUCCAACAGAGGAGGGAGAAAAUAGUCAUAGCCUAAUGAGACAGAUAAAGUUGACAUGUAUUUUAAAUUGUAAUUUUAGUUUAUAAUGUAUAUUUGUAAUUGUUGGUUUUAUUCAUUUAUUAAUUUUUUAAACUUGUUUUUAACUUGUAUAGUGAGAUUAUACACACACACAUUUGUAAACAUUAAAAGUUCUAUUUACAACUACAAAUUUUGUUAAAUAAAUAAAAUAUUGCCUAGUAGUCAUUCUACUUCUACAGAGGCAGUGAUGGCCACCAACUGGGAUGGCUUUAAAAGAGGAUUGGAUGAAUUUGUGGAGGAGUUAUCAGUGGCUACUAGUCAUGAUGGCUGUGCUCUACCUUCCCAGUUGGAGGAUGUAUCGCUUCUGAAUACCAGCUAUUGAAACGCCAGGAGUGGGAGGGUUGCUCUUGUGAGUUGUGCUCGCAGGCUUCCCAUAGACCUCUGGUUGGCCACUGUGAGAAUAGGAUGCCAGCUUGGAUGGGCCAGUGGCCUGAUCCAGCAGGCCUGUCUUACAUUCUUAGUAUUGAGAGGCAUACUGCCUCACACUGAAGGUAAUACAGAGCACAGGGGCACCUUCUGAUGAAAAUUUCCAUGCCCUUGAAUGUUUACAUAGCAAUAAACGUCUGCCCAUUACUACCAAAAAUAAUAAUACAUGUGCAUAAAAACCCCAAGUAGUAGCCCCAUUUGUGAAGCAUGGUGCAAGUGUUAUCUCAGACAUCUAAUACACACAUACAGUGAGCAUCUCUGUUUAUUAUAUAAUGGUGAUGAUGAUGUAUUAUUUAUACCCCGCCCAUCUGGCUGUGUUUCCCUAGCUCAGGGGUAGGCAACCUAAGGUCCACGGGCCAAAUGUGGCCCAAUCGCCUUCUAAAUCCAGCCCGCAGACAGUCUGGGAAUCAUCCAGUUUUUGAGUAGAAUGUGUCCUUUUAUUUAAAAUGCAUCUCUGGGUUAUUUGUGGGGCCUGCCUUGUGUCUCUACAUUAGUAGAAUAUGUGCUUUUAUUGAAAAUGCAUCUCUGGGUUAUUUGUGGGGCAUAGCAAUUCGUUCAUUUCCCCCCAAAAAAUAUAGUCCGGCCCACUACAUGGUCUGUGGGACAGUGGACUGGCCCACUGCUGAAAAGCCACUCUGGGCUGCUCCCAACAGAAUAUUAAAAACACAAUAAAACAUCAAACGAUAAAAUCUUGCCUAAGCAGGGCUGCCUUCAGAUGUCUUCUAAAAGUCAGAUAGUUGUUUAUAUCCUUGACAUCUGAUGGGAGGGCGCCACUACCAAGAAGGCCCUCUGCAACUGUAUGCAAUAGCCUUGUGUGUUAAUGUUAGAAACCUUUUGGCCAUACACACUUUCCCAAGUUUACAUAGAGCAGGCAUGCCUGGCUGGAGGUUAAAAAGAAAAGUUUUCAGAAAUGAAUUAGGUUCCUACCAUUUCACCACUUCACACAACACGCAGUUGAUAUGCAGAAUUUGUGAUGACAGCCUCUAGUUCAGCUAGCUUUAAAAUGGGAUUAGACUAGUUCAGCGAUGUGAAGAGGUCUAUCAACAAGCUGUUGGUUCAUGAUGGCUGUUGUAGAUCCUCCACAUUCCUGGGCAGUGUACCAUUGAAUCACAAGUGGGAGGGCUUUUGCCUUCAGGCUUGGCUGCUGGGAAUCCAGGAAGCAUCUGGUUGGCUAAUGCUGCAAACAGGAUGCUGGACUAGAUGGGCCUUUGGUUUUUCUGUAGCCCAGACAUAGUAAGACAAGAAGGCAGCAUGCUGCCUCUGAGCACCAGUUUGCAUGCAGCACAGAUGGGGAGAGGCUGUUGCAUGAUCUCCUGCUUCUGGGUUUCCCAUGGGCAUCUAUCUGGCUGGCCACUGUGAAAACAGGAAGCUGGGGCAAAUAGACCUUUGCAUGAUCCAGCAGCAUUCUUUUUAUGUUCUUAGUCUUAUGUUUGUCUUACAUUCCUAGUCAAGAAUGAAACCUGGGUAAGAGAGCUUACCUCUCUUCUGACCUGUUGUGGUGUGGGGAGAUCAAUAUCGGGACCAUAACUUGAAUGAUAAAGAACAUGCAAUUUCUCUUGAGGCAUUUCCACCAGAAUCCUAACAUAAAUCUUCCAGUUUCUGCUUAGAUUCUCCCAGAACAGCUUGCCAUGGUUCUGCAUGGGGUAUUUUCAUGGCUCAAGACAGUUAACGAAGUGAUCUACAAGUCUGGGGGUAGUUUGAUAACAAGCUGUCCAAGCAUACUGCUCUUCCCAGCUGGAACAACUGCUCCAUUGUAUUCUGGGGUUUUUGAGGAGGGGGGCAUGACUUCGAGUAGAGCCUGGAAAAUGACAAUUAUUCUGCUUUUUUGCUAACAGGCAUACUAACAGGUGCUGAGGUAAAUGUGUCAGGCUCUGAAUAUACUGUAGCUGGGCUCAAAAGAUGUUGAAGGGCUUAUGUAAUCCUCCUGGAAUAGUUCCAUAAACUUCCCUCCAGGGCCUUGAAAACUUCUACGGCUAUUCAUACCAGCUUCCACAUUUCACUUUACAAAGUGUGACCAGGAUCUGAAAAGCUGGUUAGUUUCCUGUGCCAAAGUGGGUUGUGGACUUGUUUCAAGUCUGUUUAAAAAAAUGUGUUUUUUUCCUCUCCAACUUAAAGGAGAUUUAAAAGUAGUUUGUGAUGUGGGGAAGGGUCUGGAAUCCCAGCAGUGCAUGCAAUCUGUCUAAAAUUGCUCUCUAGCUAGGAACAAAUGAGACGGUCUUAUUCCAAGGCAGUGUAUGAGUCGGUCUAGCACAAUAUUUUAUACUCAGUAGAUUCUACAGUGACUCUCCAGGGUUUCAGACAAGUGCUCUUUCCCAGUCAUAGCUGGAGAUGUUGGCAGGAUUGAAUCUGAGUCCUCCUACAUGCGAAACAGCUGCUCUGCCAUGGAUCUGCAGCCUAUAUUGAAUUCAAUAUCUUCCAGAACUGAAUUUGUUCCUGAAAGUUAACUGGUUUUAGAGGAUUCUGUAACCUAAUACGAUCUACUAGUGUCAUACAUUUAGUUGAAUGCAUAAUAAAUUUUUAGCACUAUGAAAUGAGUUUACUUUAAUUUUUAUUUAUAAAAGUAUGCAUGUACUGACAAGUCAUGUAAAAUAUUGAGGUGGUGUGGAAGAUAUUCAGUAAAAUGCAAGAUCAUUAAAGUGUGGCUAGUCAAGAAAGUUUAUUACAGUGGUACCUCAGGUUACAGACGCUUCAGGUUACAGACUCCACUAACCCAGAAGUAGUACCUCGGGUUAAGAACUUUACUUCAGGAUGAGAACAGAAAUCGUGCAGCGGCAGCAGGAGGCCCCAUUAGCUAAAGUGGUACCUCAGGUUAAGAACAGUUUCAGGUUAAGAAUGGACCUCCGGAACGAAUUAAGUUCUUAACCAGAGGUACCACUGUAUUAAGAUUUGAGUCAAUGUGUGUGCUAAAGGAACUGCCAAGACAGCUGCCAAUUUCCAAGGUAAACCACAAAUUGAAAACAAUCACACAAAAUGAAUAAAAUAUCAUAUUAAUAAUUUUGAAAAACCUUUAAAAAGAGAAAUGAACCACAUGAAUUUUACAAACACCACUAGACUUGCAUGCCUUAAAACCAGCUUCUCCGCUUCUGCCACCUUGGUUCCUUUACGUAGGAAAAUGUGUGUUUGUGCAUUUCGAAACAUUCUCUAUUUCAAUUGAUGUGGAUGAAGAAGGACUCUAAGGCACGUGAGAAGCAAAAGGAGCCUGAGGUUGUGCUGUUCAGGUGCCCUCAGCAGCAUAUUGUGGGAGCAGUGUGCCCAACAGGCCCCGAGACUGCACCAGAUGCCUGAGGAUAUUCUGUAUUCUGCAGCCCCAAUGGUGUUGAUCAUUGAGUAAUCCAGUCAAACACACCAGCAAUGCUCUCAUUACCACCUUUGCAUUUUGGCUGUACAAGAUUUGCUGAAGUGUGAAUUGACUGUAGCAGUAUGGUUGAGUGUUUCAUAAGAGGUCCCGUCCCCCCACAAUCCAUUUGUCCUCGUUUUUCUUCCUAUUCUCCCCCACCCCACCCCCCAAUCAUUCAUCUUGCCUUAAUACUUUCCCACCAAAUACCCCAAUCUGAUUGGCCAUCAAAAUGUGUGGCAACAAUUCAGCUCCAAGAAUAGGAAUUAUAGUGUAGCAACUUCAUUUUUCCCCCCUUUUGGGAAAAGUAGCAAUAACAUCUCUCUUAUUUUAUUGUCCGUUAAAAAACAAAACAAAAAGGAUUAAUUUCAGUCAUGCCUUUUUUUUUAUCUUCUGACGGUUCCUUCAUUUGUCAGCAUCUUUUUUUUCCACUUGCAGUGUCCACAAAUUAAUAUGGUGGUCCGGGUGGGUUUGCAUUAGUUAUGUCCCUGAGUCAGGGAUGGACUAUAUAGCUUACACUGUGGGUGUCAUAGCGCUCCCAAACCCAAAUGCAGUGAUCUCUUGUAGAUGCCCCUGUGCCUUGGAUUCCCACUGCUGUAAUACUUAAUUUGCUUACUUUGCUAAAUUUGCAUACACCUUUUCACCUCUUUAAACAAAUGGAGUGGGGUUCAAAGCAGCUUGCAGCCAAAUAAGAACAAAACAAAGCUAUCCUUUAAAAGCAACCCAACUCCCCCUGCCCCCCUCCUUGCAGUGAAACCUAAGAACCUGAAGCAUGCCCAAACAAAACUGUCCUAUCCUGCUUCUAGAAAUGCCAGCAGGGACAGAACUGAACAGGCAGCCUGUUGGAGGAUGUGUCACAGCUCUCUGAGCAGCAACGGAGCAGGUUCCUGCUUCUCAAAAGCCAGCCUGGCCUCUGAAUGCAGUGUAACUUGAAACAAAGCCUCUUAAACUGUGCAGAAAGUACUUGCAGGGAGGUUGUGGGAAAUGCAGGGAGUGCUCAGCUUGAGUGCUUUGGCUCCUUUGCUUAACCUGUUGCAUCUGAAGGCAGCCGUAGAAAACAACUUCUGGAGGAAGGCUAGGAAAGAGCCCCUUCUCCUUGACAUCUUGUUUCCCCUCUUGUAAGAGCAUUUUAAAAAAUAUUUCAUGCAGUUCCCACUUGCCGUCUAUUGUCUAAGGGCCCAGGAGCGGUUGUCCACCUCCUGGGUGGUUAUUGUGAACGAGGCUUCAGACUGUGCAUCAAAACCCAAUCUGCAACUUCCAAAAUUCCACAUAGGUGCAUUUGACUGUAACCUCAUUCUGACAUCCCUGCUCUGGCUGAGUUGUGUCAGCUGCUUACAUCCCAGUCACAUGCAGUCAUCGUGGUUGUAGGAUGCUGCAAGUAGGACCAAAUGAAGUAUGCUCCACCUCUUCACUUACUUUGAAAUACCCGUCUGCUGCUUUCCCACUUUAACAAAAAUAAGGUGCACUCCCAAAAGUUUCUCGCAUAAACAGCCCAUAAACUAAAGCAAGAUAAAGCUAACACUACUUUUUUAUUUUAAAAAAUGGCAACAAGUAGCACACACAGUUGAUAAAACAAAUGGAUAAACAGCAAUCAGUAAAACAAACAAAUCAAUGAGGGUAAAGUUAAGUUAAAUGCCAUUGAAGAUGCUCUUUGCCACCCAUCUAAUAUUUUGACACAGGGUCACCUGGAGAAUAACUGGGGGUGGGAUAGUAUUAGAGACCACUCAUUGUGUGCAUACUGCUGUUUCUACAUCAUUAAGCCUUUCAGCAGAAGUAGACCACUAUUAAUCCCAUUUUACAGAGGAGGCAGUUGAAACCAUGGGAGUAUGCCUUGCUCCAGAUUCCACCCAGAGAGAUCUGGCUAAGUUUCUAUUGCACCCUAGGUCCAGUGGGCUGCACCAACUCCAGACCACAUAGGAAGUCGCCUUAUACGUGGUCACAACACUGGUCCAUCUAACUUAGCCUUGUUGACACUGUAUGGUGGCAACUCUCCAAACUCUCUUUCUAGCAGGGUUUUCCCCACCUCCACCCCCUCCCUGCCUUACCUGGAGAUUGAACCUGGUAUGCUCUACAUCAGGCUUCCUCAGCCUUGGCCCUCCAGAUGUUUUUGGCCUACAACUCCCAUGAUCCCUAGCUAGCAGGACCAGUGGUCAGGGAUGAUGGGAAUUGUAGUCUCAAAACAUCUGGAGGGCCAAGGUUGAGGAAGCCUGCUCUACAUGGAAAGCUACGUCAUUCCCCCAUCCUUGUAUCCACAGGCUAUAUUUAAAAAGAGAGAAAGAGCGAGAGCUGUGCACCAGGUCCGGCCAAAUCACAGAUCACAGACAGCUUUGGGAUGACCUGGGAUUCGACCGGAUUGGGUGGAGGCAGCCGUGGGUUGGCUCAGGUCCACCCAGAGGGAUCUGGGGCUGUUAAAAGAGGGGGUGGUCUGGCAGCAAGGUGGGAUGCCUGUCUGCAUCUCCAUCUCCCCCCGCUUUGCUGUUUAAUUAGGAUUUUUAUUUAGGGGCUACUCUGAAGCAUGGGCCCCAAAACGGAUCUGCGCAGCUUUAGAGAAAACCCUCCACCUUUCCUUGUCUCAUCCUUUUAACCUCUUGGCUAUUUUCUGUUCCUUUCAUGUGGUCUUGUUCUUCUCUGUUUCGACAGAGCAUAAACCUGUUUGGUUCUACUUUUUUCUGUUUUCAUUUUUUUUCUUUCUUUCACUGUUCUCAUUCCACUUCCCCUGUGGUUUCAUUCCUAUAUCUUUCUUGUUUAGACCAACUGGAGGAUCCAGCCAGCGGUAGCGCGGGCAUGUAGGACCCUUCGGUAAACCUGAUGGUAAGUGCACUCACUCGUGUGCUUCUAUCAGGCUCCUAACAGGCUUUGGGGCGUAGCAGCCACAAAACAUCUGGCAGGUGGGAAUUGCUAUUCCGUGCACAGGAGGCAACAGCAUUGCCUUCUGCAGCUACAACACAGAAGUUUUCAGCCGUAUCAUAGUAACUGGUAUAGAAUGCCAAGGACCCAAAGUUUCAUUAGUCAUGAGUUCCCUCUUCAAAGAGGGAGGGAAACUGAAAAACUUGAGUGACUUGUUUUGUCAUAACUUGCUUGUGACUCUCCAUGUUAAGCUGAAAAAAAUAAUGCCUCUUUCUAGCUCCUCUGUCAAAUACGCAAAGGGGGUUCUCCUCCCCAACUUUCCUAUCUGGUGUCAAGAUUGCCCAUCUAAGGAUGUUGAUUUGUCUGCCUGUUGUGUCAUUAAAAUCUUCAUUCCCCACCUUUUCUGUCCUCACCUGUGACGUGUGACAGACAAUUUGGUGUGGUUGUCAGAAUGUCUGAACUAAACUGGAUAGACCAAGGUACAAAUAAAUCCUCACUCAACCCUGAAGCUCACUGGGCGAGCUUGGGCCAGUCACACUUUCAGCCUAAUCUACUUUGCAGGGCAGUUGUGAGGAUAAAAUUGGGAGUGGGGGAAGCCACGCCUGCCACCUCGCGCUCCUUGGAGGAAAAGUGGGAUAUAAAAGUAGUAAUAAAUGAAAACGGCACUUGGAAGUUUGCUGAUAGUCAAGAGUUAAAAUGGAAUGCCAAUAAGUAAUUAAAAUAAAUGCUGCACAGCAAGUAAAAAUGGUGGCCACAUAGAGAUGAAUACUACCUGCUCCUAAAACAUGCUGGAAUAGCAGUUUUUACCUGGUGUUCUGAAUGCCAGCAGAGAGGGAGCAGACAAACUUCCAAUAUAAAGGGAGAUCGCCUGGUUGAGAAGACAGUCUUUUUCUUCUUGUUGUUUUACUCAGCUGUAGCUAUAAUGGGUAGGAAAUAAAACCAGGAAACCAGGUAAUAUUGCCCAGGAUGAGAUAGUCCUUUAGAGUUUUACUGAUUUAUUCAUCAGUAUUUAUACCACCUGUCGACGAAUUCCUCUGGGUGGUUUACAGACUCAUUACAAAUAGAAAAUACAAUAAGUAGUGUGAACUCAGUAACCCAACUUCAUAAACCAGCACACACACACACACACACACACACACACACACACACACAAACCAAGCUAGGCCAGCAUAAAUGCAAGCUGCAUUAAAAUCAAUACAAAACCAAUGUCAAACCAACAAGUGAGCUGGGAGAGUGCAAGAAUUUUACAAAGAACCAAUAUAAUAUAACUAGUAUGAACUAAAAGGUCUGGGAGAAUAAAGAUAACACAGUUUUUGCCAAAAAGGAGGGUGAUAAACGUGUAGAAAAUACUGCAUGGUUUGGAGAAAGGGUUUCUUCCUCAUAAUCCUAGGAACCUGAGGUCAUCCAAUGAAGCAGCUCUUCUGCAUGCUGUGAUUUUAUUAAUUAUUAGGAGAGGUCUAAAUGCAGCUGCUGGAAGCCUGCAGUUAGGAGACUCUCAGCAUAGCUCACGGUCCAUUUUCCACAGUUCUUGGCCCUGUCACACUUUUCCAGAAGUUUGUAAACUACAGCGGCCUUCCUCCAGACUCUCUAAAGGUUGAAGUAGAAAUAAUCCAAAUUCUGUUAAGUGUAAGUUGCCAAAGCGGAGUCCAGAAUGUUCUGACUUGUGCAGCUUAUUUUUUCCCCCUUAAAUAUUUUCUUAAAUAUUUAUAUAUUUCAAAAAAAUUACAACACUUUCCAAAUUACAACCAAAUAACUUUGGACUCUCUCCCUGGUGGUUUCCUCAAUUUUCCAAUUAAUGCUGCAUGUUGUAAUUCUAUGCCUUAUUUUCUCCACACUGUUUUCAGAUAUAAAUUUUACUGCUGUUCUUAUUCUAAAGCUACCUGCCUUUUCACAUGUUUACAUUUUUUUAAACAAUCUGCAAACAAUUUCCAAUCCUCCUUAAAAAUUUCCCUCGGCUUGAUCUCGUAAUUUUGCUAGUUAAACUUGCCAUUUCGGCAAAUUCCAUCAGUCUGACUUGUGCAGUUUCAACGUUUUUACACUAUUGUUGCUUUCAGAUCAGAUACUUUGGAGAACCUUUUGGGUGCAGUAUUUCAGGCUAUCAGGGUCCAAAGGGGCAUAAUCCUAGAGAAAUCAGGGGAUAUUUUUGGCUGGGAGAAAAAGAUUUGGCAGGUCUCACGUUACUUCUCUGCGAAACACAGAAAAAGCCUGUGCAAACCAGUUUGAAAAGUGAUGGAAGUUGCUGAAGCAGUGGACACUGAAAAGCUUUGGACGUUUCCGUUUGCUCCUAGGACUCUGAUCCAGUGGAUCUAAAAUUACAUUUGCUCUCAAGUUGUCAUCCUGGCUGUUUUUAGUAAGCGGGAGCAGCUGCACGCUGAAUCGCCUCUUCCAGGGUAAUUCCGUGUUAAGGUCAUUCAGGUCUAAUUCCAGAGCGAGUGUUUGCAGCUAGGAGUCUCAUUAGGAGACUUUUAGGUGAGCUACUUAUCUCUGGCAUUGUUUCAUUUCCAAGCCUAUUAGUAGAAUUUUUACCCAACUGCUCCUCAAAGGAACUCCCAAGUUGCAUGUGCCAUUUCCCUUUGCACCCUAUUAUAGCCUUACAACUGUUCUGCGAGGUAGGUCUAGCCCAGGGGAUGUGGAGAACCAGACGUUGUUGGACUCCAGCUCCCAUCAGCCUCAGCCAACAUGGCCAGUGGGCAGUGUUGAUGGGUCCAAUAACAUGAACUCAGCUCCACUCCUGGUCUUCACAUUAGAUUUCACUGCAGUGAUUGGUUCGUGAGGCUAUUACAGGCAAAUCAAAUACAGAAAGUUGGGAAUGCAGACCAGCAGUAAAGUACGGAGUGCAGAAUGAAUGGUGACGAAGGAAAGGAAGCAGCUCAGUGAUCAGUACUAUAAGGCAACUUAAGCCUAUGAGAGAGCAUCUUGGAGGACGUUCAAGAUGGGUUUGUGAGAGUCACUGAGAAGAGAAUGAGACUUCCCAUCAGUAAACAGGGAUCGGAGUAGCAAUUACGUGGAGUUAGUUGCAUGCCCAGUAUUAGCCCACAUUUGACCUAUGAAAAGUAGACAGUCAGAAAGGAUAGAGAUUAUCAAACCUGCUUUUGGUGGCCGAGUCUCCAAUUUGUUUUUUGUUGGUCAUGGGUAGCGAAAUAAAAUUGUGCAGUGGACCACCAACCCUGCUCUUUCCAGACAUGGGGAAAAGGUAAGCUAAGUUCCUCGUUUUUCACCGGGCUUGUGCUUCCACAUGCCACCAAAACUCACCACAGCAUCUAGACACAGCCUCCUUUCUUCAGGCCCUGAAGAAGGGCAGAGGCUCACCUGCAUGUGACACUGGGCGCAUAUAUAUAUAUAAACAACAAAGUAUUCCAUAAAAGCAAAAACUGGGGAGAUGAUUUAUCAAAGAAAGAGACCAAAAAUAAGUGACUGUCCCUUGUAAACAAAAAGUGUGUGUGUGUGUGUGUGUGUGUGUGUGUGUGUGAAAUUCACAUGGAGUUCAUGCCAUUAGUUGUGUUGCAUCCUAAAUUAGUCUUGAAAAAUAUGCAGUCUUUUUAAAAAAAAAAAAAAAAAAGAUAGGUCAGAAUUAUAAACGGGCUUUUGUCUGUUGCUGAUCUUGUUUCAGUUGAACGUGAAAAGAUCUAUAAUAGGAAGGAGCUGAAAUUGUAAGGGGAAAACCCCAAUAUUUUGCAUUUCACCUGUACACAAAAUUGUAAAUCCUUACAAUAGUUCUGUAAGGUGGGUGAUGGUUAUUGUCAGGGAACUGACAUCGGAGCCAGAGGCGGAGGCUAGGCUCUCAAGCGAUGCUGGAGAAGGGCCCAGCAGGGGGAGAGGCGGCUCACCAGCUGGGGAAGGAAAUCAGCGUAACACCAGGGAUAAAGGGGGCCGAUGGGGGAAUCAGCGAGGGGGCUCCAGGACUCCUCGCCGGAGAUCAGCGAGGAGAGCACGGGUCCUCCGCUACCCACGCCCUCGCUGCGCAGAAGACUUCCGCGCAGGGAGAGUAGGAGGAGACUUGGAGUCAAACAACUUUUAUGCUGGAAAAGAUGUAAGACACGCCCACUGACGGAUUCUGCUAGCGACUGAACAGCCACGAAGUGUAGGGCUGUCCAGACAGAAAAGGUUUAACAAGGCAACCUAGCCAGGAGUGGCACCAACUUGCGCACGAGCAACCCCUACGUUUAUGACAGUUAUUUUCCCCUGUUUUUCCCAUGUUAGACACUACAAAUGUCUGUGCAUGCUGGGAUCCAUGAAUAGCCUGCUGUUGUGCUCCACUUACACUAUGCUUUUGCAGUGUGUUUUUUCUUUUACACAGUGUUUUAUUGUUAUGUGUUUGUGUGUGUUAAGCAAUAUCUCCAGAAAUUUGGAAACCAAUUUGGUCACCCUAAACAUAUCAUUUAUAUGAGGUACUUAGCACCAUAUCUCCUUAAACAAAAUUUAUAGUAGUAAUAGUGCUAGGUGAUGGACGUGCAACCAUCAUGGCUGACUUUUUAAACAAGGAUUGAGGGUGCCCACAGACCAAAGAUUUUGGGGGACAUUUGUUAAGUUAACCUACUGAUCCUUAAUUCAGUGUCAUGCUGUGCCCUAGUUAUUUUGUUAAGUGAUAAUAAUAGAGAAAGAUAACCCAAGUGGCAGCAAAGCAGUGUGCAGCUCAUUAACUGUACUGUAAUUGCAAUUGGGUGUGAAGAAUGUGUGGGUCUUCAGAGCUCCAACUAAAAUACAGUAAGAGGUGGCAAAAAUUUGGAAACUGGCAAAAAAGUCAAGGAGGUACAGUGGUACCUCGGGUUACAUACGUUUCAGGUUACAUACGCUUCAGGUUACAGACUCUGCUAACCCAGAAAUAUUACCUCAGGUUAAGAAAUUUGCUUCAAGAUAAGAACAGAAAUCGUGCUCUGGCAGCGUAGCAGCAGCAGGAGGCCCCAUUAGCUAAAGUGGUGCUUCAGGUUAAGAACAGUUUCAGGUUAAGAACGGACCUCCGGAACAAAUUAAGUACUUAACCCAAGGUACCACUGUAUAUGUGUUUAAGAGAAGGUGACUAGAUAACAAUUAGUUAAAUUAUAUAAACUCACUGGCUUUCUUUUAUAUUAGUGAAGGAAAGAUUUAAUCUAGAGAGAUUUGGGAAGGUUUCUGUGCUGAGAAGAAGUGUGUUAUUGGAAUAAGAUAAUAUUCUUAAAUGUGGUACUAGUGGAACAAUUUCACUUGCUGCAGCAGAAACAACAAAUAAUCUUUUGGCACCUUAAAUAAUAACAAAUCUAUUAAAAACAGAGCAUUUUGUGAUGGUACUCAUUGGUACAGAGUAACAACACCUCUUUCUUAUCCCCAUUAGCAGCCAUUUUGUGCUGGCACAGUCAGUGCUUUUAUUGAGAUGAGUAUCAGCACCACAUUUUUACCAAAAAAAAAGAAGAACCCCAAGCUGAAUGCGGCUUAAUAAAUUUUGUGGACAGCAGGCCACUUCAUCAGGUGCAUGAUCAAGGAUCUGCUGACAUGUAUGACACGAAAGCUUAUGCCAUAAUAGUCUUUAAGACUCCCUCUUGUGAUUCUGGUAGAAUUACUUUCUUGUUCAUUUCUGUAUGCAUGGAUACAAUAUUUCUAACGUACUUGAUAUUAGUUUCAGAAUUAAAAGUAACCAAUAUUGAAAUUAAAAGAAUGUUUAAAAAGAGAGGAACAUGCAGUGGUCUGAAGACCGUAAUGCUUUUGCUACAUUUGAAUGUAUUUUCUGUAAACACCAACUUCAUUGGGAUACCUGUUUGGAUGGCAUACAUAACCAAGAUGGAUGUAUUUAUUGUAUUUUAAGUUUUAAAUGCUUUACAGUAUUGUUCAUUUUCCAUAUAUGUACAACACAUAAUUUUCUUCAUUUCAGUCAGUCCAAUAAGAAUGUCGUAUGUUCACAAAAAAUGCAUACAAGUUCAAUUAUGUGUUUUCUGCACAAACCUAUGACUUCCCAUCCUCUCCAUAUUUCUUUUAUAAUAAGCAUCUUACUUUAAUUUUUUAUUAUUAUUUUGUAAAAAUUCUCUUUUCUAUUUCGAUUUCAUUUUCUUUCAUAUACAUUAUUUACAGAAAUCAUUCAAAGGCAACUACUGUGCUUAGAUUACAACUACUUUUCAAAUAAAUUUUGAAAUUAUUCCAUUCAAAAAUGAACUCUUAUCCGGGCUUGUCUCUGAUUUUUUUUUUUUAAAGAGAGGCUAAUUCCACGUAUUCUGUCAGUUUGAGUAACCAUUCAGCUCUGGAAGGAUGUAUUUAUUGUACUGUGAAUUUGAGCUGAUGGUUUUGGUUUUGUGCUGUGGUGGUUUUGGUCCCCCCUCCUCCUUCUCCUAUGCUUUUGUUUUUCUUUAUGAAAUUUGCAGUGAAGAGAGAUAGAGAUAAACACUGCCUCUCAAUUGUUUUUGGAGAUGUUGCCUUUAAAAGAAGUCAAAGCAAUGCAAACAAAUUGUCACGUCUUUUUUCUUUUCUUCUCCACCCUUUUUGUUUUUUUUAAAGGGAAGAAAAAAUCCCAGGAGGCUAAAAACAAAGGAAAGAAAGCAACUGAUAAAAAGCAGAAAACGGUUCUGGAUUUAACUUCUGCCGACAUGAAGGAGCCUAAGGAAGGUAAGAGUGCGUCUGUAUGUGUGCACAUAAAAAUGAGAGAAGGUCCUUCCAGAUUAUCUGUUUAUUGAGCAUUCAUUCCAUUUGCUUGUAGGGAGGUUAGAUAACUGUUGCAUCAAAGCCACGUAUUAUUCCACACUUUCCAGGUCAUUUUCCCUCAAAAAGUCCAACCUUUAGGGGAAGUGGGGUUUGUUGCAUAAGAGUUCCAAAGCAACUUUAAUGAUGCAGCCUGAAUUUGCUGGUAUUGAAUCACACUGAAAAAUACCAAAAGCCUAGAAGCGCCCAGAGUUAAUUUCAGUCCCUCCUUCUAAUAGCAAUCCUCUUGUGAUUGCCGCUAAGAUUGUAGCCAAGUGGGGCCAUUUAGAAUCAGUAAAGGUAAAGGACCCCUGGACAGUUAAGUCCAGUCAAAGGCGACUAUGGGGUUGUGGCGCUCAUCUCGCUUUCAGGCCAAGGGAGCCAGCGUUCGUCCACAGACAGCUUUCCGGCUCUUGUGGUCAGCAUGACUAAACCGUUUCUGGUUCAACGGAACACUGUGAUGGAAACCAGAGCGCAUGGAAACGCCAUAUACCUCCCCGCCACAGCGGGUUUUUUUACUAUAUUUACUUGCACUGGUGUGCUUUCAAACUGCUAGGUUGGCAGGAGCUAGAACAGAGCAACAGGAGCUCACCCCAUCGCACAGAUUCGAACUGCCAACCUUCUGAUCAGCAAGCCCAAGCGCCACAGAAAACAAAAAUCUCUGAAAUACUAAAGGGGCAGGAACAAAACAGCUCAAUAAGGACUGAGCCUACUCUGUAAACACAUCAUGGCUGAUAAAAUCUAGCAGUAGCAGAUUGGCUGUAUUGAUCCAGGGAGUCAUUAGUGCCUUAUUACAGGAGAGAGUGAUGCCUGUUUCCUUGAAAGAGAUGGUGGUAAGCCCCUCCCCGAAGGACACAUUCAACAGAAAGAAUUUAAGGAGCAACUCCCCCAGUAUCAACCAUCUUUGGCCCUACAAUCAGCAGGGGAGGCCCUUUUGAUUGUCCCACCUCUGGCUGCUGUCCAUGGCAGGGCGUUCUCAUUGGGGUUCCCCAUUGGUGGAAUGCCCUCCCUGUUGAGGUGUGUCUCUCUCCCUUGUUACUGACUUUCAGGGGAAAUCUGAAAACACAUUGGGUUCAUAAUUCUUUUUAAAAAUAUAUUAUUGUUAUUAUUUAGUGUUGUUUUAAAGUUUGAUGUUUGCCACACUCGGCUCCGUUGGGAGAAGGGGACAUGUUAGAAAUUUGAUAAAUAAUAGUAAUAGAUAAUAAUAGAAGUGAGUGUGGCACUUGGGCUGAAAAAAAAUUCCCUGCCCGUUUUAUAGGAUGGGACCUAUUUUAAAGCCAGACUUGAAAGUCAAAGGAGAAAAUAAAUUGAAAAUGCAUUUGGAAAGGUUCUAUACAUUUUAAUUCCUCCUCCCCAUUUUUUUUUUCUUUUAUAGGCCAUAAACAGGAGGAUGAAACUCCCUCUGUUUCAGCAGUGCUGUCCCUGGAGCAGACAGCUGUGAUCCAGGAGAUGGUAAAUCAAGACACACUUCCAAACUUGGUUAUCCCCUGUCCGGUCAGUGGGCCCCAUCCAGUGCCUGAAGACAAACAGGAAGCAGUAACAUGUGGCUCGAAUGUUUUAGAGGAGGAGCCAGAAGAGGAUGGGGAGGACCCUGAGGAGGAUACAGGGGAGGAAGAAGAGGAGGAGGAGGAGGAGGAGGAGGACGAAGAGGAUGAACCUGAGGAGGAAGAGGAAGAUGUCAGCUUCCCUAAAGGAAGUCCUGACAUGGAACCCAUGCCCAUAUGUGAAGACAAGCUGGAAUCUGUGGAAGAGCAGAGCAGCAUAUCUGAAGACUCGCCAGAAAGCUCCCCCAAGAAAAAGGCUGUGGCAAAAUUCCCCAAAGUGAGAGAUGAAUCUAAUGGGAAUAUCCACGGUACGUUCAUGUUUCCAUGUCAGCAUUGUGAAAGGAAAUUUACCACAAAGCAGGGUCUUGAACGCCAUAUGCAUAUCCACAUCUCUGCAAUCAGUCAUGCUUUCAAAUGCCGCUAUUGCGGCAAAGCUUUUGGCACCCAGAUUAACCGGCGGAGGCACGAGCGGCGCCAUGAGGCCGGACCGAAAAGGAAGCCCUUCCCAGUGCUGGCUUCAGCCCAGCUGUCGGAAGGCAGCGCCAAGAACCAAACAAUUCCUGAAGAUGGUAUUAAAGACGAAACGAACAGCAGGCAGGACUCAGUAGCUGUGGAGACUGAGAAAGUUUCUCUCGAAAUGCCAAAUCCUGUUCUCUUUGAAGAGAGCAAGGGACCCAAAGAACUGCACCCGUGCAAAUAUUGCAGGAAGGUUUUUGGCACCCACACCAAUAUGCGAAGGCACCAGCGAAGGGUCCAUGAGCGCCAUCUCAUCCCCAAAGGUGUCAGGAGAAAACCUGAGGAGCCCCAGUUUCCAGCAGAGAAAACCCAGCAGUCCUCAAAUGUGUACGUAGCAAGCACAGACCUCGAAGAGGAGGGAGAAGCAGAUGAUGUGUACAUUAUGGAUGUUUCCAGCAAUAUAUCUGAAAAUCUCAAUUAUUACAUUGAUGGGAAGAUUCAGUCCAACAGUAGCACAAGCAAUUGUGAAGUGAUAGAGGUGGAAUCCAGCUCGACAGAACUGUAUGGAAUAAACUGUUUACUUAGUCCAGUGACGGUGGAAAUAUCCCCAAGUGUAAAGGCUACAUCAGUGCACCUAACUGACGUACCGAAAGAGUCACCAGUCAGUGGAAGCACCGAACCCAAAAAGAGGAGGACUGCAAGUCCUCCUCUUCUGCCUAAGAUAAAAACCGAAAUGGAUCCAGAACCAAUCACAUCAUUGUGUUCCUUGACUAUUCCUCUUACUAUAUCAGCAGCCGAUAACUUGCCUUUCCCCAAAGAGAAAAAUAUUUAUUUAUCAUCAAAGCUGAAACAGCUUCUCCAGACACAGGAUGGGAGUAAGGUAGCACCGUCUCCCCCCUCAUCAUCAUCGUCCUCAACUGAAAUCCCCAAACUGGGACUCACAGCUACAUCUUCGCCUCUUCUGCCUGCCGCCUCCAGCAGGUUCAAACGAAGGACCAGUUCCCCUCCCAGUUCACCGCAACACAGCCCAGCUCUACGAGACUUUGGCAAAGCAGGUGAGGCGAAACCUGUUUGGAAUGACGCAACUCUGGGCUCAAAGAUUGCCAAGCUAGAGAGCCAUAGCAAUUCUCCCGUAUGGAGUUUGUCUGGGAGAGAAGAAAAAGAGACAAUGAGCCCUCUUUGCUUGGAAGAGUAUAAAGUAUCAAAGGACUGGACGCCAAGUCCUCCAUUUGGCAAUGUGUGCAACCAGCAGCCUUUGGACUUAUCCAGUAGCAUGAAGCAAAGGUCCAACUGCAAGAACAGGACUCAGGCUCCCUGGGAAUCGGUGUUAGAUCUCAGUGUCCAUAAAAAGGCAUGCAGUGACACUGAAGCCAAGGAGAGUAACUCGGCGCCACCAGCAUGUAGUGGUGUCAAGAAGAAGCCAACCACAUCCAUGCUGCAGAAAGUGCUUAUGAAUGAAUAUAACGGGACUGAUUCGUCGUCUGAAAACCCUGCAGCUGAAACGAACCCAAGCCUGGGUGCCUGCAAAACAGAAGAGCAUCCAGAGCCAGAGUCCAGGGCUAGCCUCCCUGUUCCAGUGGUCGAGUCAGGUUCCCUGUGCCCUUCUCCUGAGACACCUUUACUGCCAUCAUCUUCUGCAUCUUCAAGUCAGGUGCCGCCUCUCCUGACUCCAACAAACUCUCCUUCCCCUCCACCUUGCCCUCCUAUGUUAAAGGUUCCCACUCCACCACCACCUCUCCUGCCUACUGUUCCCUCUCCGUUCCCAGAGGAGCCCACAAGCAUCACUCCAAGUUCAUGUCCUUCUCCCUUAUCAAAUACUACUGCUCAGUCCCCUCUUCCAAUCCUUUCCCCUACGGUCUCAACGUCUCCUGUUCCUUCAGUAGGACCUCUUAGUUGUCCUUCCCCUGGACCUCCCAACCUCUCUUCCUCCUCGUCGUCCUUUUCUUCCUCCUCUUCUUCGCCACUGUCAUCCUCAUCUCCUUCUCCACCUCCACUCUCAGUGGUCUCUUCUGUCCUUUCCCCUGGCGAUAACCUAGAAAACUCAGUCCCUAUUAUCUCUUUUAAGCAAGAAGAGGUGGAGAGUGAGUGUCAAAAGCCAAGGGAAGACCCACACAGUUCCAACAAAGCUAAUACCAUCCAGGAGACAUUUAAUAAGAGCUUUGUGUGCAAUGUUUGUGAGUCCCCUUUUCUUUCCAUUAAAGAUCUCACCAAACAUUCAUCUGUUCAUGCUGAAGAAUGGCCCUUCAAAUGUGAGUUCUGUGUCCAACUCUUCCGAGAGAAAACGGAUUUGUCAGAACACCGCUUCUUGCUCCAUGGCGUUGAGAACAUCUUUGUGUGCUCCGUCUGCAAGAAAGAAUUUGCUUUUCUAUGCAAUUUGCAGCAGCACCAGCGGGACCUCCACCCGGACAAAGAGUGCACACACCACGAGUUUGAAAGCGGGACUCUCCGGCCGCAGAACUUCACAGAUCCCAAUAAGGCUAAGACUGAACACAUGCAGCUCCUGCCUGAAGACUCCUCCGAACCUUCUAAGGAGGAGGAAGAAGAGGAAGAGCUGAAUGACUCCUCUGAAGAGCUUUAUACAACUAUCAAAAUAAUGGCUUCUGGAGUCAAGUCAAAAGAUCCAGAUGUCCGCAUGGGCCUCAAUCAGCACUACCCAAGUUUUAAGCCCCCUCCAUUCCAGUAUCACCACCGCAAUCCUAACGGGAUUGGAGCCACUGCCACAAAUUUCACAACCCACAAUAUCCCACAGACCUUCACCACUGCCAUUCGCUGCACAAAGUGUGGGAAGAGCGUAGACAACAUGCCUGAAUUGCACAAGCACAUCUUGGCUUGCGCUUCCGCCAGUGACAAAAAACGGUAUACACCGAAGAAGAACCCCGUGCCGUUAAAACAGACCGUUCGCCCUAAAAAUGGUGUCAUCCUCCCCAGCCCCACGAGCAACGCGUUCAGGCGCGUGGGCCAGCCUAAGAGGCUGAACUUUAGCGUCGAGGUGGGCCGGAUGUCCUCUAACAAGCUCAAAAUCAGUGCAUUAAAGAAGAAAAACCAGCUUGUCCAGAAAGCCAUUUUGCAAAAGAAGAAAUCUCAGCAGAAGGCAGAGUUGAGGAACAGCACAGCAGAGCCCAGCACUCACAUCUGCCCUUACUGCAACCGGGAAUUCACCUACAUUGGGAGUCUGAACAAGCAUGCUUCCUACAGCUGUCCCAAAAAGCCUAUUUCCCCUUCCUCUAAGAAGAACUCUAAAAAGAAAAGUGGGGCAUCCUCUUCCAGUGGUGAUAAAGCUAGCAAUCGGCGGCGGACAGCAGACGCCGAGAUCAAAAUGCAAAGCACUCAGGCUCACCUAGGCAAGACCCGAGCCCGGAGCUCUGGACCCCUGCCGCUGCAGCUGCCCUCUGCGUCCUUCAAACUGAAACAAAACAUCAAAUUUGUGCCACCUGUUAAAUCCAAAAAGCCGAGCACUUUGUCGGCAGCAAGGAACGCCAGCCCCGUAAGGAUGUCCAAGAUGAUUCCAGGAGAGGGCAAGAAAGUGAAAGGGGUGGCCAAGAGCAGCUCCCCCGGGCUCUCGACCAAAGCGUCCCGCAAGUUGCAUGUCAGGAUACAGAGGAGCAAAGUGGCCUUGGCCAGCAAGUCAGCUGUGGCAAACAAGAAAAAGGCGGACAGAUUCAGCACGAAGUCGAGAGAGAGGGUUGGCGGCCCUGUCACCCGGAGUGUGCAGCAGGCAAGCAGCUCCGAUGCCCCAGAGAGCAGCAAGAGGGAAGAAACCAGCACACGGCAAGAGCUGAAAGAUUUCAGGUGAGUUUCUCUGCUGUGGCGGAUCUUGCUGUUGUCAAGCACACUUGAGAUGGCGUAAACCCUGCUGAAUCCAGUGGCGCUUUAAUAAAUCAUAGAAUCAUAGAGUUGGAAGAGACCACAAGGGCCAUCGAGUCCAACCCCCUGCCAAGCAGGAAACUCCAUCAGAGCACUCCUGACAUAUGGUUGUCACUAUGAAGCAGUCCCUUCGGGCUUUAAAACAGUGUUGGAGACCUCUAGCCCUCUGGCUGUUGUUGGAUUCCAGUUCCCAUCAGCUCCAGCCAGCAGGGCCAGGGAUUAUGGGAGUUGUAGUCUCUAGCAACAGAUGAGCUUGGUAGUACUGCAACGUACUUCACAUGGAGCUGGUGUUUUGAAAUGCUUUGGGGGAAACUGGCUUGAUAUGGGACAUAGAAUCACAGAAUUGUAGAGUUGGAAAGGGACCCUGAGGAUCAUCUAGUUUCACCCCCUGCAAACUAUGCUGCUGUCCCAAACAAGGAUCAAACUUGUAACCUUGGUGUUAUCAGCAUCACCAGCUGGUUAGAGCGUGGUGUUCUAACUAACACUAACCCCAAACUCUGCCCCUCCCACAGAAUUCAGCCAAGAGAUUACCCAAGAUCUUUAUCUAGCAAAUUGAGAAAUAAGAAUACACUUUCAACAAGCUAACCACACAAAUUUGCUUUCCUACAUGACUUUUUAAAGUUGUUUCCAGUGAUCCUAUUUCUCUCCUUCCAUCACCACCACCUGUGUGGGUUUUCUUAACUCUGUCACAUUUCAGAUCUAGCUAGUUAAAAAUAUAUAUAUAUCCUUCCUCUCCUGUUCCAUUUUGUUAAUCUUCCUUUCUCCCCACUGUUUCUUGACACAUAGGAACCUCCUGUGA